AUGGAUUUCUCCUUCUCUUUCAUGCAAGGGAUCAUGGGAAAUACAAUUCAACAACCCCCUCAGCUCAUUGACUCAGCCAACAUCCGGCAGGAGGGUGCAUACGACACCGGCAGCGAUGCGGGCGAGGACGGAGCCCCGUCCUACGACGCUGCCCUGGAGGCAGAGUUCUCCUACCCGCCCUCGGCCUCCGAGGACAUGCCACCGGUCUCCAAUGGUUACCCCCCUGGGCUGGGCCUGUACGAGCCCCAGGCCAAGUUCUCCAUGUACCCCCAGUUCCCCAACGGCUCGGCCAAUGGUUACGGGGCCAUCCGGGGAUAUGGCGAACACUGCCUCAUGCCUGGGGAGGGAACGGUCCUGAGGGCCCCUGUCCUCCAGGAGAGACCCCCCUCCCCUCUGUCUUCUCCUCCACCUUCACACCCCCACCUCCAUCACCCUCAUCACCACCAUCCUCAUCACUACCACCCUCAGCCCAACGCUCACCCACACAGCCCUCCACCCCUGCCCUCCCAACACCACCUCAGCCCGUCACCUCACCGCAUGUCCCAUGUACUCCCUCCUCCUCCCCCGUUACUCCUGCCCUCCACCAGCCCUCCCCCGUCCCUGCUGGACAGCACCCCUUCCUCCCACCCUCCUCACACCCCCCCUGCUCCCUCCAUCGAGGUCCUGAAGAAGACCAGCUCUCCAGAGAUCAAGCUAAAGAUCAUAAAGACGUACCAGAACGGGAGGGAGCUGUUUGAGUCUGCGCUGUGUGGAGACCUGCUGCAGGAGUCCCAGGCCAGCGAGGACUCCCAGAACCACCGCAGACAUGAGAGGAAGAAGGAGAAGAGGAAAAAGACCGCCAGGGAGCAAGAAGAAGGAGAGGGGCAAGACCAGGAGCAGCUACAGGGGGGCACUGUAGGGCAGGCCAGGGACAUCCAGCCACAGCUCCAGACCCACACCCAGGCCCAGACCCAGCCACAGGAGCUGCCUGUGGGGCAGACAGAAAAGCCACAGAAGACCCCCAUCAAAGCAGAGCCCAAGACACCUAAGGCAUGUGUUGGUUUGCUGCGACUCUGUCGGUUGAGGUCAUCCAGUGCAAUUGAGUUACUAUUCAGUACUAAAAGAGUAACCGUUUCAACAGUUUCAGACAUCAGACAAAGUAAUGAGUCAGUGUGUUAUUGCUUACACCCAUCUGAUUCUUUUAGAUCUACAAAAAGUGUCUUGGGGGUAGGGCAUGACUCCUGUCACUAACUGAGUGUGUGUGUGUUUCUCUCCCCCUGUACUGUAGGUCCAGAAGCAGUACCCUACAGUGAUAACAGGUACAGGCUGCUGUAAGGACCACGAGGUGGGGGACCUGGUGUGGGCCAAGGUGGGCACCUACCCCUGGUGGCCCUGCAUGGUCUCCUGUGACCCCCAGAUGAACGUCCACACACGCAUCAACACCCGGGGUAAAAAUGAUUCUACUCAUGUCAUCUUCCAGAUAUCCAGCACCUGUAGACAUAACUGUUUAAAAGCCUCUAACUGCUGUAUGACUGUGUCCUUCCGGGCCCUCUAGGUCACAGGGAGUACCAUGUGCAGUUCUUUGGCAGCGUGGCGGAGCGGGCCUGGAUCCAUGAGAAGAGGGUGGUCAUGUACCAGGGAGAACACCAGUUUGAUGAGCUGCAGGCUGAGACGCUACGCAAGACCACCAACACCGCAGAGAGACACAAGGUAGAGACACAGCACUGCCUGGCCUGACAAGUAUACCCACCUCACACUCUUGACACCGGUUUAAAGGGAAAAGGGCUGGCCUGUUUUCGAGGCUUGCACCAUGACUUUUCUUCAAACAUGAGAUUUACAGUGAGGGAAAAAAGUAUUUGAACCCCUGCUGAUUUUGUACCUUUGCCCACUGACAAAGAAAUGAUCAGUCUAUCAUUUUAAUGGUAGGUUUAUUUGAACAGUGAGAGACAGAAUAACAACAACAAAAUCCAGAAAAACGCAUGUCUAAAAUGUUAUAAAUUGAUUUGCAUUUUAAUGAGGGAAAUAAGUAUUUGACCCCCUCUCAAUCAGAACGAUUUCUGGCUCCCAGGUGUCUUUUAUACAGGUAACGAGCUGAGAUUAGGAGCACACUCUUAGUGCUCCUAAUCUCAACUUGUUACCUGUAUAAAAGACACCUGUCCACAGAAGCAAUCAAUCAAUCAGAUUCCAAACUCUCCACCAUGGCCAAGACCCCAAAGAGCUUUCCAAGGAUGACAGGGACAGGAUUGUAGACCUACACAAGGCUGGAAUGGGCUACAAGACCAUCGGCAAGCAGCUUUUUGAGAAAGUGACAACAGUUGGUGCGAUUAUUCGCAAAUGGAAGAAACACAAAAGAACUGUCAAUCUCCCUCGGCCUGGGGCUCCAUGCAAGAUCUCACCUCGUGGAGUUGCAAUGAUCAUGAGAACGGUGAGGAAUCAGCCCAGAACUACACGGGAGGAUCUUGUCAAUGAUCUCAAGGCAGCUGGGACCAUAGUCACCAAGAAAACAAUUGGUAACACACUACGCCGUGAAGGAAUGAAAUCCUGCAGCGCCCGCAAGGUCCCCCUGCUCAAGAAAGCACAUAUACAGGGCCGUCUGAAGUUUGCCAGUGAACAUCUGAAUGAUUCAGAGGAGAACUGGGUGAAAGUGUUGUGGUCAGAUGAGACAAAUUGAGCUCUUUGGCAUCAACUCAACUCGCCGUGUUUGGAGGAGGAGGAAUGCUGCCUAUGACCCCAAGAACACCAUCCCCACCGUCAAACAUGGAGGUGGAAACAUUAUGCUUUGGGGGUGUUUUUCUGCUAAGGGGACAGGACAACUUCACCGCAUCAAAGGGACGAUAUACGACGGGGCCAUAUACCGUCAAAUCUUGGGUGAGAACCUCCUUCCCUCAACCAGGGCAUUGAAAAUGGGUCGUGGAUGGGUAUUCCAGCAUGACAAUGACCCAGAACACACGGCCAAGGCAACAAAGGAGUGGCUCAAGAAGAAGCACAUUAAGGUCCUGGAGUGGCCUAGCCAGUCUCCAGACCUUAAUCCCAUAGAAAAUCUGUUUAGGGAGCUGAAGGUUCGAGUUGCCAAACAUCAGCCUCGAAACCUUAAUGACUUGGAGAAGAUCUGCAAAGAGGAGAGGGACAAAAUCCCUCCUGAGAUGUGUGCAAACCUGGUGGCCAACUACAAGAAACGUCUGACCUCUGUUAUUGCCAACAAGGGUUUUGCCACCAAGUACUAAGUAAUGUUUUGCAGAGGGGUCAAAUACUUAUUUCCCUCAUUAAAAUGCAAAUCAAUUUAUAACAUUUUUGACAUGCGUUUUUCUGUAUUUCUUUGUUGUUAUUCUGUCUCUCACUGUUCAAAUAAACCUACCAUUAAAAUUAUAGACUGAUCAUGUCUUUGUCAGUGGGCAAACGUACAAAAUCAGCAGGGGAUCAAAUACUUUUUUCCCUCACUGUAUGUAGUAGUGUACAUACGUACAGGUAUAUGGGAUUGUAGGUGAAGUAAUGGGUAUGUAUGGGAUUGAGCUGGUGUAGUGAUUAUGUUUUGCUGAUAUUGGCUAUUUCAUUUACAUUUACGUCAUUUAGCAGACGCUCUUAUCCAGAGCGACUUACAAAUUGGUGCAUUCACCCUAUAGCCAGUGGGAUAACCACUUUACAAUUUUACAAUUUCGAAGAAAGGGCCUACUAAACUUAGUUGAAUGCACUGACUGGAUAUGCUCAUUUGCACCCCAGUAUCUCUAUUUGCACAUCAUCUCUUGCACAUCUAUCAUUCCAGUGUUAAUACUAAAUUGUAAUUAUUUUGCACUAUGGCCUAUUUAUUGCCUUACCUCCAUAACUUGCUACGUUUGCACACACUGUAUAUAUAUUUUCUGUUGUAUUUUUGACUUUAUGUUUUGUUUACCGCAUAUGUAACUCUGUGUUGUUGUUUUUUAUCGCACUGCUUUGCUUUAUCUUGGCCAGGUCGCAGUUGUAAAUGAGAACUUGUUCUCAACUGGCUUACCUGGUUAAAUAAAGGUAAAAUAAAAAUAAGUGUCUUCAAAAUGUAAUUAAAAUGUGUGUGUGUUUGUGUCAGCUGAUGAAGCCCUUCCCCCAGAGAGAGCGUGCUCAGUGGGAGGUGGGCGUCGGCCAUGCAGAGGACGCCUUCCUGAUGACUCAGCAGGAACGUAUCGACAACUACACCUUCAUCUACGUCGACCCCGACCCCAAUGCUCCCCCACCCGCCAAGAAGACCUCAACCAGGACCGCCGGUCGUACCCAACGCUCUUCUAUCGCAACAAGUAAGAAAGAAGAAGUUGCAGUGACAUCACCGGACCGGGCGGAGCCAUCCAGAAGACAGCCUUGUAGGCAGUGUAGUGUUCCUAAUGCAGAUGACCCAGCCGUCCCCCAGACCUCAGAGAAAGACCAGAGCUGUGACCCUGGCCAGCCCAGCCCCCCUGCCCGGGAGGCCCUGUCUGAGGCAGGGGGAACCCAGGAGUCCCCUGCCCCUGUAAGGGCCUGGAAGACAGCCGCUGCCAGGAAGCUGCUGCCUCUCUCUAUUACCAUGAAGAAACUAAAUGUGGAGAUCACCAAGUGUGACCAAGUGUGGCCUCUGCUGCAGAGGAAAGCCCUGCCCUCACCACGGAGAGAGAGAGAGAGGGAGGAGGGAGAAGGCCGACAGGCUGACCUGGGAUACUGCUCACCAGAGGUGGGUGCUCUCUAUUGGUCUAGACUCCCUAGUUGACAAUGGUGAUGAAUGUUGUUGUUGUUGCUCUAAACUGAAUUGAAACAUUAUUUCUAAGUGGAGUUUUUGUUUCUCCAGCAGGGCUGUGGAGUUAAACCGGAACCCAGUCCAGAGGAGGAGGAAAAGAGGGAUGAGGGAGAGGAGAAAGAGGACAGGGAGGAGAGGAGAAGUGACCAGGAAGCAUCACAGCACACCUCCUGUCCUGGGUCUCAGCACAGCACCCCACCAGGUACGUACGUGUGUUUGGACGUUUUCUGGGUCCUCUGGUGAUAACGGUUGUGAAUAUUCUGUUGGUGUGAAUAUGUUCCCCAUAUAGCAGAGGUGUUUAACCAGGUGUCUCCUUCCGGUAGGUUCUCAGGAGCGUAAGCAGCAGCGCAGGUCAGUGAGGAGCAGAUCAGAGUCAGAGAAGGGCUGUGAGCCCGUCCCCAAAAAGAAGACUAAAAAGGAACAGGUACCAACCUGCUACUACCACUGUUCCCCUCUGUAAUGUACCAUACUGGUGGUUCUGUCACUCAGUUCUCUAGAGGAGGAUCACAAUACAACAGAGAGAUCUGAAACAGAUCUCUUUUUCUGUCUCCCUGCAGGGUGAGAUGGCUCCUGAGACUACUCUGAGAACAGGCUCACAGAAAGGUAGACUCCAGCUCAGUCCUAUGACUCUCUCUUUCCCAUCCUGCUCUAAGCAUACUGGCUUUGUUUAACGUGUUGGGUCAUAAAAAGGGAAGCAGUGGUGUGGAGGUGUGUGUUAACCUGUGAUGUGUGUGUGUAGGAGCCAGUGAGAUCUCGGAUGCCUGUAAGCCUCUGAAGAAACGCAGCAGAGCCUCCACAGACGUAGAGAUGGCCUCCUCUCAGUACAGAGACACAUCCGACUCUGAUUCUAGAGGCCUCAAUGAUCCCCAGGUAAACACACACACACACACACACCAAGCUUUCAGUACUGAGACACCUCAGACCCUGACUUUAGAAGGCUAAAUGACCUCAAGGUGUGUGUAUAUAUAUAUAUAUAUAUAUAUAUAUAUAUAUAUAUAUAUAUAUAUAUAUAUACACACACACACACAAAGCCCACUCUCUCUUGUGUAGAGUCUGUUUGGGAAGAGUUUGGACAGUCCAGCAGCAGCAGAUGCAGACGCGUCAGACAGCCAGUCAGUGGACUCCAGUCUUUCCAGACAAGGAAGCAGCACAGCCAAGAGAGACACUGUCUGCCAGGUACGCCACUGCACUCCUCUCCCAUCCCCUCCUCCUUUCUCCUCUUCUGUCUUUUCACCAAAUUUUCUCUCUUCCCCUCUCUCUGUGAUCAUUUUAGAAGAAAGCAGAAGAAAUAUACACUGAACACAAAUAUAAGCGCAACAGGCAACAAUUUCAAAGAUAUUACUGAGUUACAGUUCAUAUGAGGAAAUCAGUCAAUUGAAAUAAAUAAAUUUGGCCCUAAUGUAAUCUAUGGAUUUCACAUGACUGGGAAUACAGAUAUGCAUCUGUUGGUCACAGAUACCUUUAAAAAAAGGUAGAGGAGUGGAUCAGAAAAGCAGUCCGUAUCUGGUGUGACCACCAUUUGCCUCAUGUAGUACGACACAUCGCUGUUGAUUGUGGCCUGUGGAAUGUUGUCCCACUCCUCUUCAAUGCUCCCGAGUGGUGCAGUGGUCUAAGGCACUGCAUCUCAGUGCUUGAGGCAUCACUACAGACCCCCUGGUUCGAUUCCAGCCUGUAUCACAACCGGCCGUGAUUGGGAGUCCCAUAGGGCGGCGCACAAUUGGCCCAGCGUCGUCCGGGUUUGGCCGGUGUAGGCCGUCAUUGUAAAUAAGAAUUUGUUCUUAACUGACUUGCCUAGUUAAAUAAAGGUAAAAUAUUUUUUAAAUGGCUGUGCGAAGUUGCUGGAUAUUGGCGGGAACUGGAACAUGCUAUUGUACACGUCGAUGAAGAGCCUCCCAAACAUGCUCAAUGGGUGGACAUGUCUGGUGAGUAUGCAGGCCAUGGAAGAACUGGGACAUUUUCAGCUUCCAGAAAUUGUGUACAAAUCCUUGCGUCAUGGGGCCAUGCAUUAUGAUGCUGAAACAUGAGGUGAUGGCGGCGGCUGAAUGGCACGACAAUGGGCCUCAGGAUUUUGUCACGGUAUCUCUGUGCGUUCAAAUUGCCAUCGAUAAAAUGACAUUUUGUUAGUUGUCCGUAGCUUAUGCCUGCCCAUACCAUUACCCCACCGCCACCAUGGGGCACUCUGUUCACAACGUUGACAUCAGCAAACCGCUUGCCCACACAACCCCAUCUGCCCAGUACAGUUGAAACCAGGAUUAAUCUGUGAAGAGCACACUUCCUUCUCCAGUGUGCCAGUGGCCAUCGAAGGUGAGAAUUUGCCCACUGAAGUCGGUUGCGACGCCGAACUGCAGUCAGGUCAAGACCCUGGUGAGGAUGACGAGCACGCAGAUGAGCUUCCCUGAGACGGUUUCUGACAGUUUCUCUGUGUAGAACUGUAAGGUGUAUGUAUGGAGAGGGUUGGGUGUUUCUAUAUCUUCCUCUGUGUGUAGAUCUGUGAGGUGUAUGGAGAGGGUCUGGUGUCGUGUGAGGGAGACUGCUGUCGGCUGUUCCAUCUGGAGUGCCUGGGUCUCGCCUCCAUACCCGAGGGCAAGUUUACAUGUCUGGAAUGUAGAAACGGUGAGACAUGGCAUGAUGUCGCAACACAUACACGAUGCAUUUACAUACUAAUCAUUACUAGACCUACACAACCAUUAGACAUGUUCUCUUUAAUUGCUCCUUUAAUCUUUACAGUAUCAUUUUGGCUGAAAUGGUUGAAAGGAUUAUUUAAGUUAUUCCAGGACACAUCCUUCUACUUUGUGAAUGCUGAUGAAGCUGUGGGUGUGAACAGAGAAGACUGCUUAAGCCCUGAUUAUGCAAAUUACCUUACAGACAAAUAUUUCUGUGUGAUUUCAACCCGGCAGACAUGAGAGAUUUCUCUGAUGGAGGAAUGAAGAGUAGACUGGCAUUCACCUCUCUCUCUCUCUCUCUCUCUCUCUCUCUCUCUCUCUCUCUCUCUCUCUCUCUCUCUCUCUCCUCUCUCCUCUCUCUCUCUCUCUUCUCUCUCUCUCUCUCUCUCUCUCUCUCUCUCUCUCUCUCUCUCUCUCUCUCGCUAGGCUCUCACUCGUGUUUCAGCUGUAAGGCAGGGGGAGGGGAGGUGUUGCGCUGCUCAGUGGUUGGCUGCGGGCGGUAUUACCAUGACGACUGCGUGCGUAAACUCCCUGGCACUGUGGGGGGUGGUACAGGCGGGGGGUUCCGCUGCCCCCAGCAUACCUGUGCCACCUGCUGUCUGGAGAGAGACCUGCACCAAGCCACCAAAGGUAGGGAGGAAGACCACUGGUCUAGAUGGAGAGGAGCGGAAGCCACUUUAGGCUUUUGACAUGGCCCCUCACAUACUGUAGGUGUUAGUCUCUCUUUGUCUAACACUCGUCUCUCCUUCCUCUCCCCCUCCCCAGGACGUAUGAUGCGUUGUCUGCGCUGCCCUGUUGCGUACCACACAGGGGACAGCUGUGUGGCAGCGGGCAGCGUGGUCCUCACCCACCACAUCAUGAUCUGCAGCCGCCAUGGCAUCGCCAAGAGGAACGGCCUCCUCUCCUCACCCGUCAAUGUGAACUGGUGCUUCCUCUGUGCCCGAGGUAAGCUCUAUCUCCCACCUUAGACCUCCUGUAGGGACCCACCCUGACUCACUCACCCUUUCUGUGUCCCAAAUGGCACUAUAUUCCCUAUAUAGUGCACUACUUUUGACCAGGGCCCCUGACCCAUUGUCUCCCGAAGGGGAGCCCCGUGGCUUCACAAUGUUUGACUGGAGGACAGAAGGAGAAGCAGGAGAGAGGAAUGUGGCUUUGUUCUCCCCCUGAGACUUCUGGACACAGUGUUUGAGUGAAUAGAGCCCUAGCUCCAACUCCUUCUGUUCCUCUCAGGUGUAAGGGUUAGCCAGCGCUCCCCCUCUCCAAAUCUAAUCCCCUCUAAUCCAGUCUUCUCUUAUCAUUCAAACUGUAUUUAUCCCCCUAGUGGUAAUUGAUGUGUGUGAUGCUCUCUCUGGGACCACAGAGGCUUAGCUGGGGAGACUACUGGUGUUGGUUGAUCUUUCUCAACUCAGUGCUCCUCAGUAGUCCUCAAAACCGCAGACUCCUAUCCCAGGGUAAGGCGGCUGUUAGACCUGGGCUAAGUGCAGUGUGAACGUGGCUAUUCGAAGAACUGGAUAUCUAACAUUGUCUAGUUGUGUGAUGGUGGAGAUUCAUUCAACCUUUAUGAUAGUUACGAUGCAUUCUCCUGUUUGUAAAUGUAUUUGUGACAUUUGACCAUUACUGUUGUCUCUGUUGUACUUACCAUUUGGACCUGAUGUGGUAGUGCCUUCAGAAAGUAUUCAUAACCCUUGACUUAUUCCACAUUUUGUGUUACAGCCUGAAUUCAAAUGGAUUAAAUUUUUUUUUUUCUCACCCACCUACACAUAAUACCCCAUUAUGACAAAGUGAAAACAUAAUUUUAAAAAUGAUUGGAAAUGAAAUACAGAAAUAUCUCAUAAGUAUUCACACCCCUGAGUCAAUACAUGUUAGAAUCACCUUUGGCAGCGAUUACAGCUAUGAGUCUCUUUCUGGGUAAGUCUGGAUUAUACAAUAUUUGUCCAUUCUUUUUAAAACUCUUCAAGCUCUGUCAAGUUGGUUGUUGAUCAUUGCUAGCCAUUUUCAAGUCUUGCCAUAGAUUUUCAAGCCGAUUUAAGUCAAAACUAACUCAGCCACUCAGGAACAUUCAAUGUCGUCUUGGUAAGCAACUCCAGAGUAUAUUUGGCAUUGUGUUUUAGGUUAUUGUCCUGCUGAAAGGUGAAUUUGUCUCCCAAUGUCUGUUGGAAAGCAGGCUGAACCAGGUUUUCCUCAAGGAUGUUGCCUGUGCUUAGCUCUAUUCCAUUUAUUUUUAUCUUUAAAAACUCCCUAUUCCUUGCCAAUGACAAGCAUACCCAUAACAUGAUGCAGCCACCACCACGCUUGAAAAUAUGAAGAGUGGUGCUCUGUGAUGUGUUGUGUUGGAUUUCCCCCAAACGUAAUGCUUUGUAUUCAGAACAAGUUAAUUUCUUUGCAUAUUUUUUUGUUGUUGCAGUUUUACUUGAGUGCCUUUAUUGCAAUCACAGCCGUUAAACUCUGUAACUGUUUUAAAGUCACCAUUGGCCUCAUGGUGAAAUCCCUGAGUGGUUUCCUUCCUCUCCGGCAACUGAGUUAGGAAGGACCCCUGUAUCUUUGGGUGUAUUGAUACACCAUCCAAAGUGUAAUUAAUAACUUCACCAUGCUCAAAGGGAAAUUCAAUGUCUGGUUUUUUUAUCUACCAAUAAGUGCCCUUCUUUGCGAGGCAUUGGAAAACUUCCCUGGUCUUUGUGGUUGAAUCUGUGUUUGAAAUUCACUGCUUGACUGAGGGACCUUAUCGCUAAUUAUGUGUGGGGUACAGAGAUCAGGUAGUCAUUACAAAAAUCAUGUUAAACACUAUUAUUGCACACAGUGAGUCCAUGCAACUUAUUAUGUGACUUGUUAAGCAAAUGUUUACUCCUGAACUUAUUUAGGCUUGCCAUAAAAAAAGUGGUUGAAUACUUAUUGACUCAAGACAUUUCAGCUUUUCAUUUUUUAAUAAUUUGUUAAAAUUUCUAAAAACAUAAUUCCACUUUGAUGUUAUGGGGUAUUGUGUCUAAGCCAGUAAUCCAUUUGAAAUUCAGGCUGUAAUACAACAAAAUGUGAAAAAGUCAACGGGGGUGAACACUUUCUGAAGCCGCUUUAUAUGUACUGAUCUGUGCUUUUACAGUGCACUCCUCUUACAAGAAAUACAUCUGUUCUGGAUGAUUAGACUUUUCUAACUGAUUUGAUUACGGAGUACAUUGUAAGUGUAGAAAUAUUUUGGUCCCCAUGGGUACCAAAAGCAGUUGAUUCUUAUAAGCGGAGUGUUCUAUUGGGACGACUCUUUAGUUUACUUUUACUCCUCUUUCUCUCUCGUUUAUGUGUUCUAACAGUGUAUGUGUUCUUUUUCUCCUGUGGUAUCAUGGGUACUGUAGUCUGAUUGCGGCUCACCCAGUCUCUUCCUGUGUGUCUUGUGUAGGACUGUUAGUGCAGGACCUUACUGACACCAUAUUAAGUUCAUAUGCCUAUAAGUCCCACUACCUUCUGACUGAGUCAAAUCGUGCUGAGUUGAAAUUACCUAUGAUUCCCUCUUCUUCGUCAGCUACCAAAAAGAAUAUUGGGAAAGGUAACAGAACUGUUUUACUCGCUCUCCCGUUUCCCACUGGUGUGUGUGUAUGUGUGUUUGAAUAUGUCUAGACUCCCCACAGUUGAUUUGAUGUUCCUCCUUAUUGCUUUGUUCUGCCUCUAGCUUGUGAACAAUACAGUCUGCUGCCAUUAACACUACAGCAGGGCUUAAAAUACAUGUUCAGGGACCCUAACAUGCACUGGUUCAACCAGGAACCAGUGUUAACGGCAUUAAAAGUGAGCAAAGCUCAUCUCUGUGAAGCUGUGGAAUGUGACACUCCUCUCCAAUACAAACUAAUUUAGCAGACGCUCUUAUCCAGAGCGACUUAGUUAGUGAGUGCAUACAUAUAUUUUUUAUUUUUUUCAUACUGUCCCCCUGUGGGAAUUGAACCCACAACCCUGGCGUUGCAAGCCCCAUGCUCUACCAACUGAGCUACACGGGCCCAACUGAGCUACACAAAAGGGAAUUUGUAUAAGCGGACCACAGCACACUGUAACAUAACACAUAAUUUGAUUUCAUCAUCAGAAUUGGGAAAGAGUGAUGACCUGUCUCACAGGGUUAUUUUACGCCCUGUCUGUAUGAGGGGGGGCAUGUUACUGCUAGAGGAACACAGCUUCUCUGCUUCAGCACUUUGAGCUUGUCGUCAUCUGAAAGACUAAUACUAAUAGCUACUUUUUCUAACUGCUCACUUGCUUCUCUUUUGCUUUCACUGUACCGCGAUCAGCCUUUACCUUGAUCGGUCACUGUACCGCGAUCAGCCUUUACCUUGAUCGGUCACUGUACCGCGAUCAGCCUUUACCUUGAUCGGUCACUGUACCACGAUCAGCCUUUACCUUGAUCGGAUGUUUGCGGUCUUGUUUUGCUGUGUUAAGGAGGUAAUUGUUACAAUACAUAUUGAUUCUGCAUUGAAAUGCAGUUAAUUCAAAUAGGUUAUUGCUCAUAACAGGUAUAAUAUUCCUCACAAGAUCAUCAAUUUGAUGAAUAAAUCAAAACUGGGAAUGUUUGAAUAAGAUGCUGACAAUCUUCCUUCUAGUUGGCAUAUAAUGUGAAUUGUUACUCAUCAAUGAUGUUACCCAUUUGGCAUUUAAAACACUUCCACAACCACAUAUUUAAAUGAGAUUCCAUAAAGACUAUCUGGGGUACGUAUAGUGGUGCAGAGAAGUGGAACAAGGAGUGCAUGUCAGCUUUGUGCCGUUUCUCUUAUAUUUUGGUAAUUGUUUUUUUUUGUGACUUAUGGUUUAUUUGCUGAUUUAAUUAUCAUCGGUGCUAUUGCAUGUGUGGUGAUUUGUACAAGGGGCCUUGUACUCUAAACCUGCCUUUCAGACAUUCCACUACACCAUCAGUGACUGACUGCUAAGGAAAAAGCAGAGGACAGCAUCAAUGUCAAGACUACUCUCUUUGAUCAAAAUUGUGUCCACAACAGCAUAGUUUUCAUAUAGAUAAAGCAAACUUUAUUAUAUUGUGGGAGUUACAAAUUAUUCCACCAUUGUGAAUCCUUUGGAAAAGGGUCACUUCAGGCCCAUAUGAUGGUCCAGUUCAAAAUAAAUACCUAUCCUUAGACAUAUCCCAUACAUAUGAAAGGAGCGUAUGGGUGUAAGCAAUGUCACAAUGACUCCUCCAACUCUCUGGAAGACCAUAUUACUUACUUGGGCCAAAUAAUUGAUAUUAUAUUGACAAGAUGGUCGAGUGACCGUAUAGUCGUUUUUGUUUAGUUUUUUGUUGUUGCCGAAAUGCCACGUGUCCACUUACAUCAGUGCAUUCCUAACGACCUAACCAUUACGAAACUUCUAUUUGAUCAAAUAAGCCUCACGUAGCAAAUUAGCAAUUACAUUUUUUGUUGAUCAAAUUCGACACGCUCAUUGACCUCCAUACAAAAAUUCCUCACUUCAUGGUCUUAUUUUCGUGGACUGAUUUUGGGCGGAGUAAAUCCUCUCGCUUCGCUUCUUCCUCUGCUUGGGCAAAGCAUUACUCACAGUGUAUAGGUUUGAAUGACUGGCAUGCCUAAGGAUAAGGUUUAGAGUGUGGUGGCCCCUAGUGUCCAGGUGUGGAAGUAUGUUCUCUAACCCUGUGCUGCUCUUUUCUCUAUACACACACACACACACACCCAUGCAGGAGAGAAGCUGCUGUGCUGUGCGUUGUGCCCGGCGUCGUUCCACCCAGAGUGUUUGGAGAUGGCGAUGCCAGAGGGGGCGUGGUCCUGCAGGGAGUGCAGAUUAGGAAAGAAACCCCACUACAAACAGAUCGUCUGGGUCAAACUGGGGAACUACAGGUGAGUUGAUGCACACCCAAAAGAUGUUGGAGAGGUGCUGACUAUUGGUAUAGUAAACGUACUGUAUGUAAAAAAUAUAAUAAUAAUCAUAAUGAUAGUCGCACACUCCAAAUAUUCUCCCAAUAAUUGAAUGGAUAAACACCAAUAGUGUUUACACUUUAUGUUAUUGAGAGCAUAUUUAGUGUGAAACUACAGCUGAGGAACAACACAACUCGGAAUAUGUGGAAACAACAUUGUUGCUAGAUGCAGAAACAGGAUGAGAGUGGCAUAUUACUGUACACUACGAAGGGUUCAUGUAUUUCAGAAACUAGUUUUAGAAUCAGAUGUUUGGCUUAAUUGUUAGGAAAACGACAACACUUAUAGCUGUAUCUUAUGGACUGAUAAGCGCUCUUUCUUUCCUCAUGUUCCAUGCUGUCCCCUGUCUGUCCCCAUCAGGUGGUGGCCAGCGGAGAUCUGUAACCCUCGCCUGGUGCCCCCCAACAUCCAGACGCUCCGCCACGAUAUCGGAGACUUCCCAGUCUUCUUCUUUGGUUCCCAUGACUACUACUGGAUCAACCAGGGCCGUGUGUUUCCCUACGUGGAGAACGACAAGACCCCUGUCACGGGCCAAAUCAACAUCAACAAGACCUUCAAGAAAGGUGAUGCCGCCUUUGGCUCUAUUCUGUGCUCUCUGCUCUGGGCUCUGUUGGUUCUUGAGUGAUAUGAUAGUGCCUUAUCCCUGAGUGUGUGUGUGUGUGUGAGACAGGCAGAAUGUAAUUCCAUCCCUUCUGUGUGUGUCAGCUCUGGAGGAGGCUGCUCGGAGGUUCCAGGAGCUCAAGUCACAGAGGGAGAGCAGGGAGGCCCUGGAGCAGGAACGCAACUCACGCAAACCACCACCAUACAAGUUCAUCAAGGUAAUACAUCCAGUCAUACUGUAUAUAGCCCUACCCUACAAACAUAUACCUUCCCUACAAAUCUUCUGGGACUGUGAAGAGACACACACAGGCACAGAUACACGCAUAUACACACACGAAAACAUACGCACUCUACACACACACACCUAUACAUGUAUUUUGUGUUGUAGAUAUGUGGUAGUAAAGUAAUGGCCUGAGGGCACACACUUAAUCUGUUGUGAAGGGUAUUAUGUUUUUUAAAAUGGUGUAUAACUGACUUAAUUUUGCUUCACCCCUGAAAGAGUAGCUGCUACCUUGGCAGCAGCUAAUGGGGAUCCAUAAUAAAUACGAAGUCUUGCUUUGCCAAGCAAACUGAGAAUUGGCUCUUUUAGCUGAAUGAGACCUCUUUAGAUCUCAUCUGUGACCAUGUGUGUUGGUCUGAGUCUUGGUGUGUCCUCACUGACACAUUGUUGUCAUGUCUCUUUCAGUCCAACAAGCCGGUGGGGAAGGUGCAGGUGCACAUAGCCGACCUGUCUGAAAUCCCACGAUGCAACUGUAAGCCCACGGACGAACACCCCUGCAGCCUGGACUCCCAAUGUCUGAACCGCAUGCUGCAGUACGAGUGUCACCCACAGGUUGGUGUGUCUGUGUGUACGCACGUGUGUAUGCGUGUGUGAAUGGUGUUUAAAUCAGCCCUGUUCUCCUGUCCUAGGUGUGUCCAGCAGGUGAUAGCUGUGAGAACCAAUGCUUCUCUAAACGUCUGUACUCCGAGACAGGGGUCAUCAAGACAGAGGGUUGUGGCUGGGGCCUCAAGACCAACCAGGCCCUCAGGAAGGUGAGUGAGGGGCGCUGGGGUGGACGUAGUGUGGUGCCCAGGUCUAUUUCUAUCCUUUGCCACUCAUCUUUAAGUGUUCACUGAUAUUAGCAACACUGUGAAGGCUCCACCUAGCCUGUCAUAUUGUUUGUACCUAUCCAGACCUUUCAUAUGCGAACGGGAUAAGGGCUAGAGACCAAAAUGGAAGCGAGCCUGUUGUGUAUAGAUCAGAGAUUAUGGUUAAUAUCCGUCCGCUCAAAAGGACUGUGAGCUCUCGUUCUUCUUGGCUGAUGUGAGUAAGAUAUUUAAGCCCAGACGGCAUCCCAAGCCGUGUCCUCAGAGCAUGUGCAGACCAGCUGGCUGGAGUGUUUACGGACAUAUUCAAUCUCUCCCUAUCCCAGUCUGUUGUCCCCACUUGCUUCAAGAUAUCUGCCAUUGUUCCUGUACCCAAGAAAGCGAAGGUAACCGAACUUAAUGACUAUCGCCCCGUAGCACUCACUUCUGUCUUCAUGAAGUGCUUUGAGAGGCUAUUUGACGAACAUAUCACCUCCACCUUACCUGACACACUACAAUUUGCAUACAACAUAUCCACGGAUGACGCAAUCGCUCUGCACACUGCUCUAUCCCAUCUGGACAAGAGGAAUACCUAUGUAAGAAUGAUGUUCAUCGAUAACAGGUCAGCCUUCAACACCAUAGUGCCAUCCAAGCUCAUCAUUAAGUUCAGGGCCCUGGAUCUGAACCCCGCCCUGUGCAACUGGGUCCUGGACUUCCUGAUGGACCGACCUCAGGUGGUGAAGGUAGGCAACACCUCCGAUACGCUGAUCCUCAACACGGUGGCCCUCCUGUACUCCCUGUUCACACAUGACUGCGUGAAUGCUCACGUCUCCCAACUCAAUCAUCAAGUUUGCAGACGACACAAUAGUGGUAGGCCUGAUUACCAACAACGACGAGACAGCAUACAGGGAGGAGGUGAGGGCCCUGGCAGAGUGGUGGCAAGAAAAUAACCUCUCCCUCAACGUCAACAAAAUGAAGGAGCUAAUCGUGGACUUGAGGAGACAGCAGAGAGAGCAUGCCCCCAUCCACGUCGACAGGGCCACAGUGAAGAGAGUUCCUCAGCGUGCACAUCACUGACAACCUGAAACAGUCCAUCCACACAGACAGUGUGGUGAAGAAUGCGCAGCAACGCCUCCUCAACCUCAGGAGGCUGAAGAAAUUUGGCUUGGCCCUUAAGACCCUCACAAACUUCUACAGAUGCACCAUUGAGAGCAUCCUGUCGGGCUGUAUCACUGCCUGGUAUGGCAAUUGCACUGUCUGCAACCGCAUCACCAGGGGCACACUCCCUGCCCUCCAGGACAUCUACAGCACCCGGUGUCACAGGAAGGCCAAGAAGAUCAUCAAGGACCUCAGCCACCCGAGCCACGGCCUGUUCACCCCACUACCAUCUAGAAGGCAGAGACGAUACAGGUGGAUCAUUGCUGGGACCGAAAGACUGAAAAACAGCUUCUAUCUCCAGGCCAUCAGACUGUUAAAUAAACACCACUAGCCAUCCUCCGACCAGUACCCUGCCCAGAACUUAGUCACUGUUACUAACCGGCUACCACCCGGUACUCUACCCUGCACCUUAGAGACUGCUGCCCUAUGUACAUAGUCAUUGAACACUGGUCACUUUUAAUAAUGUUUUAAUAAUGUUAAUAAUGUUUUACUCACUUCAUGUGUGUAUACUGUAUUCUAGUCAAGGCUCAUCCUUGGGGGGAAAAAAGUAUUUGAUCCACUGCUGAUUUUGUUUGUUUGCCCACUGACAGACAUGAUCAGUCUAUAAGUUUAAUGGUAGGUUUAUUUGAACAGUGAGAGACAGAAUAACAACAAAGAAAUCCAGAAAAACACAUGUCAAAAAUGUUAUAAAUUGAUUUGCAUUUUAAUGAGGGAAAUAAGUAUUUGACCCCUCUGCAAAACAUGACUUAGUACUUGGUGGCAAAACCCUUGUUGGCAAUCACAGAGGUCAGAUGUUUCUUGUAGUUGGCCACCAGGUUUGCACACAUCUCAGGAGGGAUUUUGUUCCACUCCUCUUUGCAGAUCUUCUCCAAGUCAUUAAGGUUUUGAGGCUGAUGUUUGGCAACUCAAACCUUCAGCUCCCUCCACAGAUUUUCUAUGGGAUUAAGGUCUGGAGACUGGCUAGGCCACUCCAGGACCUUAAUGUUCUUCUUCUUGAGCCACUCCUUUGUUGCCUUGGCCGUGUGUUUUGGGUCAUUGUCAUGCUGGAAUACCCAUCCACAACCCAUUUUCAAUGCCCUGGCUGAGGGAAGGAGGUUCUCACUCAAGAUUUGACGGUACAUGGCCCCGUCCAUCGUCCCUUUGAUGCGGUGAAGUUGUCCUGUCCCCUUAGCAGAAAAACACCCCCAAAGCAUAAUGUUUCCACCUCCAUGUUUGACGGUGGGGAUGGUGUUCUUGGGGUCAUAGGCAGCAUUCCUCCUCCUCCAAACACGGCGAGUUGAGUUGAUGCCAAAGAGCAUCUGACCACAACACUUUCACCCAGUUCUCCUCUGAAUCAUUCAGAUGUUCAUUGGCAAACUUCAUACGGCCCUGUAUAUGUGCUUUCUUGAGCAGGGGGACCUUGAGGGCGCUGCAGGAUUUCAGUCCUUCACGGCGUAGUGUUACCAAUUGUUUUCUUGGUGACUAUGGUCCCAGCUGCCUUGAGAUCAUUGACAAGAUCCUCCCGUGUAGUUCUGGGCUGAUUCCUCACCGUUCUCAUGAUCAUUGUAACUCCACGAGGUGAGAUCUUGCAUGGAGCCCCAGGCCGAGGGAGAUUGACAGUUAUUUUGUGUUUCUUCCAUUUGCGAAUAAUCGCACCAACUGUUGUCACCUUCUCACCAAGCUGCUUGGCGAUGGUCUUGUAGCCCAUUCCAGCCUUGUGUAGGUCUACAAUUUUGUCCCUGACAUCCUUGGAGAGCUCUUUGGUUUUGGCCAUGGUGGAGAGUUUGGAAUCUGAUUGAUUGCUUCUGUGGACAGGUGUCUUUUUAUACAGGUAACAAGCUGAGAUUAGGAGCACUCCCUUUAAGAGUGUGCUCCUAAUCUCAGCUCGUUACCUGUGUAAAAGACACCUGGGAGCCAGAAAUCUUUCUGAUUGAGAUGGGGUCAAAUACUUAUUUCCCUCAUUAAAAUGCAAAUCAAUGUAUAACAUUUUUGACAUGCGUUUUUCUGGAUCUUUUUGUUAUUCUGUCUCACUGUUCAAAUAAACCUACUAUUAAAAUUAUAGACUGAUCAUUUCUUUGUCAGUGGGCAAAGGUACAAAAUCAGCAGGGGAUCAAAUACUUUUUUCCCUCACUGUAACUACCGCUGUGCACAACUUUUCUAUUCAUAUACUGUCCAUAAUGUCUAUACACACCACCAUAUACACAUAUAUUCUGGACUCUGACUUUUCUCGUUCGGAUAUUUCUUAAUUCCUUUCUUUUUAUUUUGUUGUGUAUUGUUAGGUAUUACUGCACUGUUGGAGCUAGAAACAUAAGCAUUUUGCUGCACCUGCGAUAACAUGUGUAUGCGACCAAUAAAAUUGUAUUAUAUAACACCACAGGUAUGCUUUGUUGUAAGUCAUGUGUAUUGUGUAUCUUAUGUCCUCUGUUCCACAGGGAGAUUUUGUGACAGAGUACGUGGGAGAGGUGAUAGAUUCAGAAGAGUGCCAGCAGCGAAUCAAACGCGCUCAUGAGAACCGUGUGACUGACUUCUACAUGCUCACCCUCACCAAGGUAACAACGUACAGGCUGUGUCCCAACAGUUUGGAAUGGUCUCCUUUACUUGACCCCUACACCUCAUGACCAGUAAUACAUACAGUGCAUUCGGAAAGUAUUCGGAUUCUCUGGUCUGAUGAAACCGAGAAUGAACUCUUUGGCAUGAAUGUCAAACGACCCUAAGCACACAGCCAAGACAACUCUCUGACUUGAACCCGUUCGAACAUCCAACCUGACAGAGCUUGAGAGGAUCUGCAGAGCAGAAUGGGAGAAACUCCCCAAAUACAGGUGUGCCAAGCUUGUACCGUCAUACCCAAGAAGACUUGAGGCUGUAAUCGCUGCCAAGGGUGCUUCAACAAAGUACUGAAUAGAGGGUCUGAACACUUAUGUAAAUGUGUUAUUUCAUUUUAUUUUUUAUAUAUUUUUUUGCUAGAAUUUAUAAAAACCUGUUUUUGCUUUGUCAUUAUGGGCUAUUGUGUGUAGAUUGAGGGGGGGGAAACAAUUUAAUCCAUUUUAGAAUAAGGCUGUAACGUAACAAUGUGGAAAAAGUCAAGGGGCCUGAAUACUUUCCGAAUGCAUUGUAGUAUGUGUAUGAAUCUGUUAAGCUAUGUGUCUCUCUCUUUUCAGUAGUGUGCGUCGCUUGGCUGUGUGUGUGGGGGUCUAACUGUGUGCAUACGUGCGUGUGUGUGUGUAUGUCUAAGUGCCUGUGUGUGUUCCUCAGGACCGGGUGAUUGACGCGGGUCCCAAAGGGAACUCCUCUCGCUUCAUUAACCACAGCUGCAGCCCCAACUGUGAGACGCAGAAAUGGACUGUCAACGGAGAUGUACGGAUAGGGCUCUUCACCCUGUGUGACAUAGAUGCUGGUGAGGAGAGCGACACGCACACGUUCUGUAUUUUUGGUGAUUGAUUUCUCUGAUCGAUCUCAUCUCUCCUGCAGACACGGAGCUGACAUUUAACUAUAAUCGUGUGUGUUCUGCAGGCACUGAGUUGACGUUUAACUAUAACCUGGACUUGGUGGGGAAUAGAAGGUCAUCGUGUCACUGUGGAGCUGAGAACUGCUCUGGCUUCCUAGGGGUGCGGCCUACGGUACGGGACACGCCCACAUUCUCUCUCCUUAUUAUGACUGCAUCAUGUAGGAAUCAAGUAACAUGUUACUGGUGUCUCACCUUAGCAGAACGCUUCUGUCCAUGGUUUGUCUGCAAUGUUGUAUAGUCUUAUAGAAGCGGGCCUAACAGGGUUUACAUCUCUUCUCUCUCUUUUAACAAGGUACAUUUUCAGAAUGUCUCUUCUCAGAAGGUCAUAUAAACCAUAUUGCUAAUAAUAAAUGAUGACAAUGGAUUAAGAGCUAUUGCUCCUACAGCUACAGUAUCCUAUUUGACUGUUUAGGCUUAGAUAUCUGUUAAGGGGGGGGUUUACAGGGAGGGUGGUUUACAGGGAGGGUUUUCUGGGUGGGAAUGACCGGUGAGUUUCCCUGUGGGUCCUGCUUUUUGUUACACAUCCAUGGGCUUAUCAACAGUAAAGAUAACAAUUAUAUCAUUAAUAUAACAUUCCUUUCUGAAAAACAAUGGCAACACUAGCUAUUCUCUCUUGGAAUAUGAAAGGCUUAAAUUGCCCUAUCAAACGUUCAAGCUGUCUUGAUAUCCCAGCAAGAAAGCAUAUUGAUAUAGAAAUGCUCCAAUAAACACAGCUGCUCCAUAAGGACACACACAGAAUGCACAACCAUUUGUACAAACUGGCUGCUUUUUCAUCAGACUCAAACAAAAGGUGUAAUCAUAAUGAUACAUAAGAAAUUCAACCACCAUCUUGGGUAAGGGCGAAGACCAAAAAGGCAGAAACACUUUCCUUAAAUGGAUCCAUAAUGGAAAGAAAAUUGCCUUUAUUAAUGUGUAUGCUACAAAUUCAUAUGAUUCUACGUUUUUUGAUUCUCUGAACAGCAUAGUGUUAGAAUUAUCUGAAUUCCAUCUGGUUAUUGGGACAGACAUGAAUGCCAUUUUGGACAUGCAGGACAAAUCUAUUAAGACUAACUACAAUCCACACGCAACCAAGGCUCUCCAACAUACAGUAUACUCUGAUUACAACCUCAUGUUUGCAAGCACAUAAUCCAAAAGCGAACGAGUACACUUUCUACUCAAACAGGCAUAAAACAUUCUCCCCAAUCGAUUUUAUAUUAUCUACACCUCUAUUUUGUACAAUUAUGAACAUAGAAAUUCGACAUAUGAGCUUGACCGAUCACCCCGCCUACUACUGCCAAUUACAAAAUGUCAGAAUCUCCUAAAAGAGCAACAAGAUGGCGUUUCAUUACUACAAAAUCCUACAUUCUGUGAUCAAUUUGAAGUUGAACUAAGUUCAUUCUUAAUGAUUAAUACAAAUUCAGUCGAUGAACCCCGGAUUCUAUGUGAUGCCACCAAAGGUUUUAUUCAAAAUAAUACAACUGCAUUUCCAUCUAUGUAUUGGUAAGACAGAGAGCAGAAUUUGCCAUCCAUGGAGUUAGACUCAACCAUUACUUCCAUGGUCAUUGUCCCAGUCGUUUACUGGCCAACAAGCUACGCAGUAAGCUUAGCUGAUACAGCAACUAUUGAAUCUGAAAUAGGGGAAUUCAUAUCAGAACCCAAAUUAAUAAAAGAUUCUCUCACUUCUAUAAAGAACUGUACACCCCAGAUUGUUAAUCCUCAACAUAGGAAGCCACCUCCCUGGGAGCCCAAAUCUUUCUCAAUGAACUGAAAUGAGCAUUGGAUAGCAUGAAUAAAGGCAAAUCACCUGGAUGGGAUGGUAUUCCCCCCCAAGGUGUAUUUAAAAAUGUGGAAUCAAUUAGGUCCACUAUUGCUCAAUGAUUAACACAGCUGUACACAAAGGUUCAUUUGGGAGAGAUGUGAAUACAGAACUCAUUUCUAAUUAUCUUUGAUAAACAGAUAUUAAACAGUUUUCAAAUUUGUUGUCGUCCCGUCUCGAAGACUUACUUACACAAAUUGCUUACCCAAAUUGGUCCACAAAAAAAAUGUUUAUCCUCCGUUGACUAUUACAUAUCUUAUAGCUCAGACACACUGGUAGGAUUGUCAAACGUUUGCCUGCCAACUGUACUUAGCAUUUCUGAACAGAGUGUCGACAGUCAAUCUCUUUUGUGUUCACACAGCAAAGACCUUGGAAGUUGUCAGCCACUCAGCCUUGUUAAAAUAAUAAAAACCAGAAGGUGGCAGUAGCGUUGUUUGGCCUUAGUGUUGUGUGCAUUGCGUCUGUGCACUUAGCUAGGUACAAUCCCAUAGCCUACAUUGUCCUUACAAAUGUAUUAAUUUUUUUAACUGCAGUAAAAGUGCAGUAACGGCAGUCGACUGUGGUAUUUUGGACUCUAGUUGCAUACUAGCUGCAGUUAUACUGCACUCUGACUACAAUCUUUUUUUCCGUAAGGGUGCAUAUUAAGUAUGACUGGCUCAUCCAUGGAUGUACGAAGAAAAUGCCCUCUUUUUUUUGUUUUGUUGGCUCCCCCACGUGAGGGUUCGUGCUCUCCGAUUGGCUCAAAUUCAAGUUGUUGGUCACUGACGAGCAUUGCGAUUCUACAAGUAGAAUCUGUAGGUUCAUCGCAGUGUUGUAGACCGGUCUCGAGUCCCGUCUCGAGACCACAUAUUGAGUGUCUCAGUGUCGGAUACAUUUGUACUCGGACUUGACUCUGUCUCGGACAGUGAGGACUCGUAAUUCCUUCCCGAGACCAGCGGAGUAAAAAAAACGUCCAUUCAGUCAGCGCAUAAAAACUCUAAGCCAGACCAAAUAUUCUUGAAUCAUUAUUACAGUAUCUUAACAGUCUUCAUAUCUAUUAUAGACAUGUUUGCGCUGUGGCGAACCUAUAGGCCUUCAGUGUGUGACCGGUUCGUGAUUCUGCAAGGACAGUAACCGUAAUACUGUGGCGGUGACGAAAUUUCGUCAGCCGGUGAUUGUCAAACAAAUAACUGUCGGUCUCAUGGUAAUUUACCAUUAAUUAACAUAAACACAUUUAGCAUCUCCUGGCUUCCACACAUAGCCUACAAGCCACUGAUGCAGACCUUUGGAAGAUCUACAUUUAAAAAAGUCUAAUAAAACCAUGUAAUAUAGCCUACACCUUCACAAUAUAUCCAUUAUUUAUUUUAGACAGGUCUAAAGAAGCAUGAAGAAAAUGUAGUCUAUUUCAGAAGAACAGAAUAGCCUACUCUGAGUUGUCCUUAUGUUAGGUCCUGAUCUGGCUAUGCCAAAUGCCUGUGGGCUACACUAGCUCAUUUGGCAGACAAGAUUUGCUUAGAAUUCCAUGGCAUUAUUUUAUAGUAUGAAGAAUCCCUGAGUGCUGCGCGCUCCGAAGCGCCUCUCACUCACAUGGCUCUCCAUCAUGUGAUCGGGUCUUUCUCACAGGCUACAGGUGAAGACAGACACAUCGGGGACGCAACUGCAGUAUGAAAAAAUAAUUUAAAAAAUGUGUGCACUCACUAACUAAGUCGCUCUGGAUAAGAGCGUCUGCUAAAUGACUAAAAUGUAAAACAUUUCCUUAUCCAAUUCCGAGAUGCAUAUUGAAGAUAUUGGAAGAACAGUCCACAUUUACUUUUCGUCAGCCAACAAGAUGAGUAGGCCUAACGAACAGCAAAAGCACUAGCCUAUGUCAAUCUACUAUCCCCCAUAGUACAAAAGUUGACCUAUUCUCUGCGAUAAAUAAAUAUUCCGAACAUAGUCUGGGACAGUUGUGGGAUGCGAUAGAUCCCAAAUUAAUACAACUACUAGCAUCAAAAACAUGUUUUACGCAAUGUGGCCGAAGCAAUGAGCACAAGGCAGUAGGCUAUAAGUGCUAAUGGGAAAACACCAUUAUCAAAAGUGAACGCAAAUGUGAUUAUGCAUGUAAUGCUUUUUAUGGUGAAAAUGAUCUACCCCAAACUUGAAACUCACGCGCUGCUUAUGUAUGCCAGUUAGGCUCUACACCCCUUGUAAAGCGGAUUAAUGUGCUUAAUUUUAAUAAGUUAUUUGGCCACUUUAGUUGUGAUACAAACCUUAUCAAAACGUAUAGGCCUAUGGGCUAGGCUACAUGAGGUGUGCGACUAUCAUUUGUAAAAGUCAACAACAAAAAAAGGCAUUGUUUCUUAUGCGGGCAUCAUUCACAAGUGAUAAUAUAUCAUUCACAAGUGAUGGGCUAAUAUUGUCACCUCUCAGACUAUUCUUGAUUUAAUCUAGUCUUUACAUAUACUAAAUGAUGUGUGAUUUUUUUAAAAAUUUUUUAUUUAGAAUGGACCAUUAUCAUGCACCUGUCUCGAAACAGGGGCAGGGAAAGAAAUACAUGGCAUCUAUGCACUUAAAUAGCGAAUGAAGGACGCUUUUCCCGUGGUUCAUUUUCAUGCCAGCCAGGUAGGCUAUACUCCUGUUGUAAAGAUAAGCAAUGUGCUUAAUAUUAGGAAAGUUGAGAAAUAAAUAUAGUAGGCCUAGCCUAUAGAAAGCUGAUGGGAUCCUCCUCUUUUUAAUAGAGGCCAUCACUCUGUUUUCUCAUGCAAUUGCAUAGCCUAUAGAAAUGUUGCGCACCAUGAGCCAUGGGCUGUCAUGAGUGUUUGAUUAGAUUUUCAAUUACAUUGAUGUCAGUGUGAUUAGAGGGACAAUAGAGUGCUGAGUACCAGGCAGUUAGCAGGCUUAGUAGGCUAUUAAUGACCACCAGCAGCAUCAGAGCACCACUCAUCUUUGCAGAAUUGUUGUAAUUCAGCCACAUUGGAGGGUUUUCGAGCAUGAACUGCCUUUUUAAGGUCAUGCCACAGCAUCUCAAUAUGAUUCAGGUCAGGACUUUGACUAGGCCACUCCAAGGUCUUCAUUUUGUUUUUCUUCAGCCAUUCAGAGGUGGACUUGCUGGUGUGUUUUGGAUCAUUGUCCUGCUGCAGAACCCAAGUUCGCUUCAGCUUGAGGUCAUGAACAGAUGGCCAGACAUUCUCCUUCAGGAUUCUUUGAUAGACAGCAGAAUUCAUGGUUCCAUUUAUCACAGCAAGUCUUCCAGGUCCUGAAGCAGCAAAACAGGCCCAGACCAUCAAACACUACCACCACCAUAUUUUACUGUUGGUAUGAUGUUCUUUUUCUGAAAUGCGGUGUUACUUUUAUGCCAGAUGUAAUGGGACACACACCUUCCAAAAAGUUCAACCUUUGUCUCGUCAGUCCACAGAGUAUUUUCCCAAAGGUCUUGGGGAUCAUCAAGAUAUUUUCUGGCAAAAAUGAGACAAGUGACAAAUGAGACAAAUGAGACUCAGCAGUGGUUUUCGUCUUGGAACUCUGCCAUGCAGGCCAUUUUUGCCCAGUCUCUUUCUUAUGGUGGAGUCAUGAACACUGACCUUAACUGAGGCAAGUGAGGCCUGCAGCUCUUUGGAUGUUGUUUUGGGGUCUUUUGUGACCUCUUGGAUGAGCCGUCGCUGCGCUCUUGGGGUAAUUUUGGUCUGCCGGCCACUCCUUGGAACGUUCACCACUGUUCUGUGUGUUCGCCAUUUGUGGAUAAUGGCUCUCACUGUGGUUCGCUGGAGUCCCAAAGCUUUAGAAAUGGCUUUAUAACCUUUUCCAGACUGAUGGAUCUGAAUUACUUUCUUUCUCAUUUGUUCCUGAAUUUCUUUGGAUCUCUGCAUGAUGUCUAGCUUUUGAGGAUCUUUUGGUCUACUUCACUUUGUCAGGCAGGUCCUAUUUAAGUGAUUCCUUGAUUGAGAACAGGCAGGUGUGGCAGUAAUCAAGCCUGGGUGUGGCUAGAGGAAUUGAACUCAGGUGUGAUAAACCACAGUUGAGUUGUGUUAUAACAUGGGGGGCAAACACUUUUUCACACAGGGCCAUGUAGGUUUGGAUUUUGUUUUCCCUUAAUAAUAACAACCUUCAUUUCAAAACUGCAUUUUGUGUUUACUUGUGUUAUCUUUGACUAAUAUUUAAAUUUGUUUGAUGAUCUGAAACAUUUAAGUGUGACAAACAUGCAAACAAAUAACAAAUCAGGAAGAGGGCAAACAUUUUUUCACACCACUGUAUAUACACCUGUUCUGAAAGGCCCCAGAGUCUGCAACACCACUAAGCAAGGGGCACCUCCAAGCAAGCAGCACCAUGAAGACCAAGGAGCUCUCCAAACAGUUCAGGGACAAAGUUGUGGAGAAGUAGCGAUCAGGCUUGGGUUAUAAAAAAAUAUCUGAAACUUUGAACAUCCCACAGAGCACCAUUAAAAUCCAUAAUAAAAAAAUUGAAAGAAUAUGGCACCACAUCAAACCUGCCAAGAGAGGGCUGCCCACCAAAACUCACGGACCAGGCAAAGAGGGCAUUAAUCAGAGAGGCAACAAAGAGACCAAAGAUAACCCUGAAGGAGCUGCAAAGCUCCACAGCGAAGAUUGGAGUAUCUGUCCAUAGGACCACUUUAAGCCGUACACUCCACAGAGCUGGGCUUUACGGAAGAGUGGCCAGAAAAAAAUAAGCAAACACGUUUGGUGUUCGCCAAAACGCAUGUGGGAGACUCCCCAAACAUAUGGAAGAAGGUACUCUAGUCAGAUGAGACUGAAAUUGAGUUUUUUGGCCAUCAAGGAAAACGCUAUGUCUGGCGCAAACCCAACACCUCUCAUCACCCCGAGAACACCAUCCCCACAGUUAAGCAUGGUGGUGGCAGCAUCAUGCUGUGGGGUUGUUCUUCAUCGGCAGGGACUGGGAAACUGGUCAGAAUUGAAAGAAUGAUGGAUGGCGCUAAAUACAGGGAAAUUAUUGAGGGAAACCUGUUUCAGUCUUCCAGAGAUUUGAGACUGGGACGGAGUUUGACCUUCCAGCAGGACAAUGACCCUAAGCAUACUGCUAAAGCAACACUCAAGUGGUUUAAGGGGAAACAUUUAAAUAUCUUGGAAUGGCCUAGUCAAAGCCCAGGCCUCAAUCCAAUUGAGAAUCUGUGGUAUAACUUAAAGAUUGCUGUACACCAGCAGAACCCAUCCAACUUGAAGGAGCAGGAGCAGUUUUGCCUUGAAGAAUGGGCAAAAAUCCCAGUGGUUAGAUGUGCCAAGCUUAUAGAGACAUACCCCAAGAGACUUGCAGCUGUAAUUGCUGCAAAAGGUGGCUCUACAAAGUAUUGACUUUGGGGGGGAGUGAAUAGUUAUGCACGCUCAAGUUUUCAGUUUUUUUGUCUUAUUUCUUGUUUGUUUCACAAUAAAAUAUAUUUCGCAUCUUCAAAGUGGUAGGCAUGUUGUGUAAAUCAAAUGAUACAAACCCCCCAAAAAUCCAUUUUAAUUCCAGGUUGUAAGGCAACAAAAUAGGAAAAAUGCCAAGGGGGGUGAAUACUUUCGCAAGCCACUGUAUAGUGGAGGCUAUAUGCAGGAAUAAACCGUAUACCCACUUUUUUCAGUGGGCAUUGCGUAUACUCACUUCUGAUGCGUAUCAAAGUAGUGUAGUGGAGGUCAGUUAUGUAGUACAACAGAGAAAUCAUGCACAGAGUAGCCUAUACAAUCGCAAAGCACGUGAAAUAGAUUCACAUGCGUGCUGCACACACAGCCUAUUUUCAGCUGAAUAGAAUCUGCAGGCAGCAAGAGUGUGAAGCUCUCAACUGGUUUUGGCAUGGAGCAGCUCACAGAAGAAUUACAUCGGUAGCCGGUAGGGUAGGAAAGACGUUUCAACGUAUGAUAUCUACCAGCAAAUGCUAACUAAGGUAACAAUGGGUAUGCAAACCAGGUGGUAUUGAAAAAGUUUAGUCCAAAGUGUUGGUUAGUAGGCUAUUUGUGGUGCGUAAUUGUCAUCAUGCCCUGUUUGCAUCAGGUGUGUAGACAUGGAUGGGCCUGGGUGGACUGAGGCCGACCCACUGGGGAGCCAGGCCCUGACAGGCCCACCCAAUCAGAUUGAUGUGGUUGAAACAUUGUUGUGGACUUAGAACAUUAUAUAUUUUUUCUAUUAACAAAAGUGUGAUUUUUGAGAGUGAAAAUCUGAAAAACUCUUAAAAAAACAGGAUUCUUCACACAGGGUGCCUUUCCUUCACUGGGCGGGCCGUUUAGGAACAUUUGGGCAAUAUUUUGGUAUACAUCCACUUCUCCAGGCACCACUGCAUAGGGCUGAUGGAAAGACAGUAGUCAGACACAGCAUGAUGUUAAAGGAUAAGCAGUCCAUAAACUCGGACAUAAUAAGCUAGUAGAUCCCAAUCAUAAGAAUAUAAAAACACAACCAUUAAGCCUUUCCCAAACGAAAUGUACAACUUACUUCCCGUUGCAAAAAAUAUUUCACGUUUAGCCCACAGUCACCUGUGACCUAAAGUUUAAAGUUGAACUGACAGCGUUUUAAAUACUUUGCAGAUAUGAAACAAACAGAAAUAUCAAAUUCCCAGUUUAUGCUACAAAACCAACUUCAUAAGAGGUUUUAAAAACAUGUUCUAUUUGACUCAACAUUCUAUGACGUACACUAAGGCGUCGUUGGCAGAAUAGAUGGAUGCAGUUCAAUGUAUAAUUAAUAUAAUUCACCAAUACAUUUCUUGGUAGUCCAAAAAAUAUUGCUAUCAGGUUGUAAAUCACAGCUGGCCUGGUACAUUGUUUGCUGCCUCCAUUUGGGAUGCACUGUUUCAGUUUCAAUGAGUCAAUAUUCUGGACAAAAACAUACGAAUGUAACUAAGGCUGGGAAUGUCAAUACUAUCAAACUAGCAAGGGCAAUGAUCACAAGUCAGUAAUAAUGUGGCUAAUAGGUUAGCGUAUCUAUUUAUGUAGCAAGCUAAAAAUACGGAUCCUAACGUUAGCUAGAUAGUUAGCUAGGUGCUAGGAGGAUGUCAUAUCAUGCCAUUGGAGGAGUGGGUGAGUGACUGACUUUUUCCCCUCAUAUCGUUUUCGGUGGCUAUACACAGCUAGAGAUGCAGGUGUCAUUUGGUUAGUUAGCAAGAACUUGAACGACUGUUAUCUAGUUAGCAUAUCUCUUACGUUCGCAAAUUCACUCUGGCUAUCUACUCUGAUUUCAGAACACUCUAAUCUGAGUGUGCCAGAGCGCAGAACAACUGAUAAUUUACAAACACGCAACACCCGCUGAAUAUGACCGGUGUCUGUAAACGUAGGCAAAGAAGGUAAUGGUCAAGAAGGCUCUAGAUAACAUGUAAACAGCCUAACCAGCUCUGCUAUGGCGAGUAAAAUUGUCAGUGAGAUGUUCUCUCAUUUGUGUCUGGAAGUUGCUAGCUAGCCAGUUAGCUUGGGUGCUUGGUUGGGACAAGCAUGCGUUGGCAGGCAAGCUGCAGAAGGACGAGGAGACUACAAUUCCUCAUUGUUUAUCAGUGCAAUUCUGACGGCCAACUAGCUGAAAAAGUUUGAGGGUUUAUCAAAUUUUCCUUCGUUAGAUUUUAGCUCAUCUUGCUCUGUCAAGCAUUAGUUGUUGAUCUUGUUGAUGUGCAUAACUGAGGGAGAGGGAGCCUACCCUUUUUAUGGUUGUUUGAUCAAUAGGACUGUAAAGUUCCCAAAUGUAAGAGGACUCCUGUGGUGUUUACAUAUUUGCAUAAAUCCAUUCAGGUGUAUUUUGUGGCUUUUGGCGAAUGUGUUCUAAUGAUCUAAAGUCGCGCUGUUGCAACUGCCUGUAAACACACAGUCCAGUUCAAAGUGAAUGAUGGCAGGCCCGUGUGGCAAAUGGCUUGUUUUCAUGAAGGUCUACUGUAUCUCUGAUUGGCUAUAGCGCACCGGUCUGUGUAGACUCCGUUCCUGGACAAGACAGAUGUUUUUAUUCUGUUUUAUUUACUGCAGUGUCUAUUAAUUGUCCGAACGCACGGCCGCUUUCCCACUAUAUUGCUAUAGAAUUUUCACAAAUGCCUUAGUAUACGUAAUUCCCAAACAUUCUAAGAAUUUAUGAAAAUGUGAAAAUGACAAUAUCUAAGUGGUCGCUUGUCAAAUUUUUUUAAAAAGUGUAAUUCUUCCUGGGGUGUAUAUGAACAGAUUUUUAUAUGAUUUCAUAUUGCUAAAAUGCUGUCAGUUCCACUUGAAAUGCAGCAAUGUUUCACACAAGUUAUUUUCAAAGAGAUGGCUAACAACAUCAAGCACGCUGCAAUAAAAAACACAGUUCCACUCACCAGAUGAUGAUCAUUUGAAACUUAAGUUAUUCUUGAAAAGGGAGAAGCUAACAACUGCUGCAACCGCUGAAAUGAAAACUAGCCGACAACAAAAGCUAGCUAGCUAGACCAUCGGAAACUACUGCUCGCUAUUGUGCAGUGACCUGUUGGCCUUCAAGAAGGCAGAAGUUUCCAUACGUUUUUGUAAAAACGGUGCCAUCCAUUAAAUCAAAAUGUGAUUGGUUGAUUCCACUGUCACUCCAACAUUUUGCCCUAAUACAGUUGAAUGGCAGAUGCCUUUAUCUAAUUUCUGAUGGCCUAGCCAAUGGCUGACUUAGCUAGCUAGAUUUAUCUCUUCAGAGACCAGCAAAGAAAAAUCCUGAUUGGAUAAUUUUUUCUCUUCAGUGUUAACCCUUUCCAACAAAACUGAAGAGAUUAAAUCAGAACAUUAUAGAAAAUAAUACUAUAAUUAUCAUUAAUAUAAUUAUUUUAUGAAUCCUUAGCCCUUCUCUGAAGGCGUAGAAGGCCCAUUGCUCCCCACUGUGUUUGGGUUAGUAAUCAUUUGUAGAGUGCCUCUAUUUUCCCUCAGCAUGCAUUUCUUUCACUAUUUUGAAUGUCUGAAGAAUCCAUAUGUUGUUCUGAAAUAUGAACAAAAAUACUGGACAUUCUUUACUCUUAUGGUGGUGAUUUGACAAAAUUACAAUCAUGGUCUUGAAUUGGACUCGCAUUUUUCUGGUCUCAGUCUUGACUCGUCUCGGACCACUUGUCCCCCUCCCAGUCUUGGUCUUGACUCGGUCUCGGGCCCCUUGUCCCCCUCCCAGUCUCUGUCUUGACUCAGUCUCGCCCCAAUACUAUAUGCCAAUCCCUCAGCCGUAGUGGUAUUGGGCAAUAUUUGCUCUGCUUUGUUCAGAAUCACUAGAAGCAGCAGACAAGGCAUUCCAAUUUCUCCUUUGAUAUUUGUAUUAACCAUGUAACCCCUGGCAAUUCAUCAAUCGAUGGAAAGAACACCAAUUUCUCUCAAAUCUACUGAUAAUUUCAUUAUACGCUUACUAUAUUUUACUAUAUCUAGAGAAUGUAUCUCAAUCGCUCCCAAACACAUUGAAUAUCAUAGAUACAUUCAGCUUAAUCUCAAAUUAUAAAAUUAAUCUAACCAAAUCAGCCCUACUGCCUCUUAAGACCCCAAUGGAGGACUCCAUCUCUUCUUAUGGAAUCCCAAUCGUUCCCCAUUUUAAAUAUUUGGGAGUAGAUAUAUUUCCUUCCUUAGAGAAAACCAUUGCCAGAAACUUUAACAGAACACACAAAUCAAUUAAAUCAGACCUCCGUAGAUAGACUAACAUCCCAGUUGUUUUAACUGGCAGAAUAUCUAUUGUCAAAAUGAAUAUAUUGCCACGGCUGAAUUUCUGUAGUUCAAUGCUUCCCAUGUCUCCCCCUUCUGGCUAUUGGGAUAAAAUAAAUUAUGUAUAUAAACCCUGGAUUGCUGAUGCUAUGUAUUGACCAUUGAGGGGCUUUGAAGCCACCUGUCAGCUGUAUUGGCACUCCCCAGUAGGAGCAGUCCUCCAUAGGAAUGAAUGGAAUUCUACAGUAUUAAAUGUAUUUAAGUAUUUUUCUGUUGUAGUGGGGACAGUAACAUUAGUCAUCUAAAAAAAGUACACUUUAAGGAAAAUGUUUUUGUUCAUUUAUUUGUAUGUUUAGCUCACAUCAUAUAAUAUAAAAGUAUGCAUUAAGCUGUCUGUAAUAGAAUAAACGUGGCAAAAACAAAUGUAGACAUUUAAUAAAUGCAUUUCUGUAGCUUCCAAAAUAUUUUUUUACAAUGGUGAGGGAUGCCAAGAUGGAGGCCCUAUCAAUCAUCUAUUGUAUAUAUAAAUCAUUGGAUAAAAUCCAUAGUGCGGUUUCAAAAUGUAUAUGGCAAGGGAAAGAUGUAGGGGACUAUCCGUACCAAACUUUCAAUUGUAUUUACAGGCACUAGCAUUUCACCCCAUCCUUAAUUGGUUUAUACAUUAUUAUUCCGCCCCCUGGCUGAGUAUAAAGAUAAAUAUGGUGUCUGCUAUUGCCCUGGGAGAGGUGGUCUUCCCUGAUAUACAGUGCAUUUGGAAAGUAUUUAGACCCCUUGACCUUUUCCACAUUUUGUUAUGUUACAGCCUUAUUCUAAAAUGGAUUAAAUAAAAAUGUUUCCUCAUCAAUCUACACACAAUACCCCAUAAAGACAAAGCAAAAACAGGUUUUUAGAAAUGUUUGCAAAUGUAUUAAAAUAAAAAACUGAAAUAUUACAUUUACAUAAGUAUUCAGACCAUUUACUCAGUACUUUGUUGAAGCACCUUUGGCAGCGAUUACAGCUUAGUCUUCUUGGGUAUGACGCUACAAGCUUGGCACACCUGUAUUUGGGGAGUUUCUCCCAUUCUUCUCUGCAGAUCCUCUCAAGCUCUGUCAGGUUGGAUGGGGAGCGACGCUGCACAUCUAUUUUCAGGUCUCUCCAGAGAUGUUCGAUCGGGUUCAAGUCCGGGCUCUGGCUGGGCCACUCAAGGACAUUCAGAGACUUGUCCCGAAGCCACUCCUGCAUUGUCUUGGCUGUGUGCUUAGGGUCGUUGUCCUGUUGGAAGGUGAACCUUCACCCCAGCUCUGGAGCAGGUUUUCAUCAAGGAUCUCUCUGUACUUUGUUUCCGUUCACCUUUGCCUUGAUCUUGACUAGUCUCCCAGUCCCUGCCGCUGAAAAACAUCCCCACAGCAUGAUGCUGCCACCACCAUGCUUCACCGUAGGGAUGGUGCCAGGUUUCCUCCAGACGUGACGCUUGAAAUUCAGGCCAAGGAGUUGAAUCUUGGUUUCAUCAGACCAGACAAUCUUGUUUCUCAUGGUCUGAGAGUCUUUAGGUGCCUUUUGGCAAAUUCCAAGCAGGCUGUCAUGUACUGAGGAGUGGCUUCCGUCUGGCCACUCUACCAUAAAGGCCUGAUUGGUGGAGUGCUGCGUGCAUAUGUAUUCACUCCCUUUACUAUGAAGCCCUUAAAUAAGAUUUGGUGCAACCAAUUACCUUCAGAAGUCACAUAAUUCGUUAAAUAAAGUCCACCUGUAUGCAAUCUAAGUGUCACAUGAUCUGUCACAUGAUGUCAGUAUAUAUACACCUGUUCUGAAAGGUCCCAGAGUCUGCAACACCACUAAGCAAGGGGCACCACCAAGCAAGCGGCACCAUGAAGACCAAGGAGCUCUCCAAACAGGUCAGGGACAAAGUUGUGGAGAAGUACCGAUCACGGUUGGGUAAAAAAAGAAAUGUCUGAAACUUUGAACAUCCCACAGAGCACCGUUAAAUCCAUUAUUUAAUAAAUGGAAAGAAUAUGGCACCACAACAAACCUGCCAAGAGAUUGCCACCCACCAAAACUCACGGACCAGGCAAGGAGGUGUGGUGGCCGAACAUGCUGCAAUGCUGUGUUGACAAGGAAUCCGCUGACACUGUACUUGAUUAUAACUUGUAUUACAUCAUAGAUUACAGCAUCAAUUUACAGACUUCUGCAGAGUCUGGAGAGCCACGAAACCGAAUCUCAAAUAUGAUAGCUCUCCCCGUCCUUUGUUCCAACAUGGUAUAUAUCCUAUGUAACACAAAAUGGCGUGUUUUGAAUAGACCAAUCCCUGGCCUCCACUGUUUUAGGGGGCCCCUAUAGUAACACUUUCCAGAUGUUUCAGCACAGAAGAGUUCAUUUAACCAACCAUAUGAAAACCUCAGCCAAAGCUAUAAAUUGUUCAGAUACUACAUAUUUCCCCCCUUCGAGACUAAUUAAGUCUCGAAAACAAAAAGAAUAGGAUUAUGACAAAUCUUGUGUAACUUUACCAAUAAAACCAAGUUUAUGGAGUGUGAACACAUUUUUAUGACGUGUAAACUAAUUGUUAUGGAGUGUAAGAGCGAAAAACCUGUCUGGCAGCUUUCUUUCCAAAUAUCCAUCAAUCAAGACAGUAAAAUUCUCUCACGGCCCCUCUGCCCCAGGCGACCACUUAAGUACUCCAGAUCAAUUUAUAAAUCUUUAUCAAUGCAUUUUAAGCUAUGAUGCAAUUGAAUACACAUGAAAGCUUCAGAAAAAAAAAUGCAAUCAAAAACCCCUCCACAUUCAGGCUGGUCGACCCAUCGGACCCUCCUGUGGAUUCUCUCUGUACCUGCCUAGACCCAAUAUCCCUAAGCAUCCACGAAAAAAACAAAAACAUCUGAGGUCCCCACAUGUACCCAACCACAAAAUCAUCAUUCUUCAAACAAUGAAUACAGAAAGAAUAUGACACAAAUUAUGUAUUACACAUGCAAAUAUGUAUUCAUAUCAGUGCAGACACUGGAAUGUAGUCCACUACACUGCAGCUCCUCAGCAGUGUCGACUUUCAAUGCAACGUCGAUGAUGGAAUCUGAACAUUUCCACACCUUCCUUGUUCAACUUCCUCCAGUCCAUUCAUAUUGUCCAUGUUUGAGUAUUUGAAUCCCACUCUACACAUCCCCAUAUUCUUCUGGAAGAAAAGAAAACACCAACCAGUAUCUUUUGCAAAGCAAUGAAAAUUAAAACAUCAAUAUCAAAAAGAAUAUAAAAAUGAUAUAUAAAAUGAAUCACAUUCCAUUUCCCCCCUUUGAUUCAUAAGAAAACACUAAAUCUCACAACAACAUGCAAAGAAAUGUGAAAAUUAUCACACAAUCAGAUAUUCAAAAUUUCCUAGAGUUACUUCAACCCUAGUUUUCGUAACGUUUUGGUCUGACUUUUUCCCAAUUUUAGAAAAAUCAAUUUCACUGAUUUAUCCACAAAACUCUGUCCCAUUAGCUGAGGAUAUUAGAUCGGGAAAUCCCCACCUGCUUAUGACUUCUUUACACAAAAACUUGGCAACCCACUUCUUUUCGCUUGGAUGCACAGGCCUCCGGCCAUCGUGAAAAUCUAUCUACAACCACCAGCAUAUCUUUUCCCUUCAAUUGGUUUUAUCAUAUCAACAAAGUCGAUAACCAACUCACGCAUAGGACCUCUCGGUGUAGGAAUGUAACCAGGAAGAACAGUCACAGCCCUGUGAACAUUAUUUUUCAGACAGAUUGUGCACCUGCCUAUGAUAGUCAACCUUUUUCAAGCAAAUAUGGUGCCCAAAAACCAUACUCCUUUGUGAUCUUUCUCCUAACCUCCCCCCUUGCAACAUUAGCUAACCCAUGUGCUUCCUGAAUCAUCAGACCUAAUAGGUCUAGAGGCGCUACUAUCAACCCCUCAUCGUUUCUCCAAAGACCAGUAGCAUCUUUGACAGCACCUCGGUCUAGCCAUAACUGUUUGUCAAUCGUAGACGCAGCUUCCUGCAUCAAAAUCACAUCCUUAAGCGUAAUUUUGUCUUCCAAGUCCACUCCAUGAGUGACCAGAAAAACCUUGCCCAAUUUGUCCGCUCCUGUGACGGCUUUUGCAGCUUCAUCAGCAGCUUUGUUCCCUUGUGUGACUUUUGACACAUCUGUUUUAUAAGCUGCACACUUAGCUAUCGCUAUCUCUUUAGGCUUCAUCAUAGCAUGCAACAAUUUCAUUAUUUGCGCAUUAUGUUGUAUCGGAGAACCAUCCGUUUUCUUAAACCCUCGACCUUUCCACACUGCUCCAAACAAAUGACAUACACUAUGUGCAUAUGCAGAAUCAGUAUAUAUCGUCACUCGCUUUCCUUCUGCUAACAAACACUCUUCUGUUAGCCCCACAAGUUCAGCAAGUUGUGCUGAUGCAGGCUGUGGUAUUACUUCAGCCUUUUCAACAACAAAUCCAGUUCCUUGGGCUUUAACUACUGCAUAGCCAGCACACAAUUUAUCUCCCACACGAUACCAAGACCCAUCAGUCCAAUACUCCAGGUCUGCCUCACGUAAUGGAAGGGCUUGCAAAUCUGAUCUAAGCCUCGAGUAUUUCUCUGCUUCUUGAACACAAUCAUGUGGCUCACCAUCCUCUGAAGUUGGCAAAUUCUCGGCUGGAUUCACCGUAUCACACCUCACUAGGGUGACAUCUUCCUGCUCUAAGAGCCUAUGAUAAUCUCUGAGCCUAGGCAUAGUCAAUGUAUAUUUUCCAUAGUUCAGAAGAUUUCUGAGACUAUGAUGGGUAAGAAUUGUUACUGGGUAACCCAUCGUAACAGAUGAUGCUUUGUCAUACAUUGAAUAUACUCCCACCAUUGCUCUGUAGCACAGUGGUAGCCCUAGUUCUACUUCUGAAUAGGUAGUAGGAAAUAGGUUGAGGAUUCGUCCCUGUACCUGUCGGCUGACAAAGAACUGCACAAGCAUAUUUACCUCCAGUAGAAGUAGACACAUAUAACAAGACAUUCUUAGAGUAGUCUGGUAGUGUGAGUGCCGGUGCCUCUUGUAACCUCUGUUUGAUCGUUUCAAAUGCUACAAGGCCUUCCUGUGUCCAGGAAAGAUUGCUAUGGAGUUGACCACUCCCAGUAUCUUUAACCAUAGCUCUCAAAGGUCCCUACUUCAUUCACUGCUAUCAAAUCAUGAACCAUACGAUAAGUCUCAUCAGGUUUCUUCAAAGGCAACAAAGGUGUGUUACUCUGAGGAUUUCUUAUUGUCCUCAAAACACCUGCUUUCGAAAGUCCUUCAAUUUGUGGUUCGAUCCCUUGGAUUGCUUCAUCUUUCAAUGGAUACUGAUUCUUCCAAGGAGGUCUGGCUCCUGGUCGAAGUUCAACUUUCACCGGUUGGGCUGAUUUCACAAGUCCAAUAUCGGCACUGUGUUGAGACCACAAACCUUCUGGAACUUGUUGCAACAUCUCCUCUUUCAUAGAGUCUGAAUCCAUCUUCACACUGCAAAUAGAUUCAUGUGUCAUCCAUACAGCUUGUGGCUGUCCUUUUGAGAAAUAGCUGAUUUUCACUCCUCCAAAUCGCCAAAUUCUCUUUCAUCGGUACGAAAACAGCUUUCUCUGCUUCUGUCAUCAUUUCUCCUAUAUGCUUCUGCUCAUAGUCUUCAGAAACCAACAAGGUCACGUGGCACACUCUUCUCAAUCUCAAAUUCUUUAUCCAGAUAAUCGUCUGUGUUUAUCUUCAUAGCUGCUCCUUGUGGUCCUAAAAUUAUGCAACAUGAGUUGAGUUGAACUUUCUUUGGUUGAUGACUCAACCAUUCCUCUGAGUUCGAUUGGCCAGCAUUCUUGAAAUACUUGAGUGUACAAUGAAAUUGAUUUUCAGGAAGCCUCGCAUCUGGCAUUUUUGCCACAAUUAAUUUCUCCCAUAUCUUAGCCUGCUUCAAAAAAUCUGCACUGAGAUUUCCAAUCCAAAAUACUGAAGAAGAGUCAAUCUCUGUCGUCAUCAACAAUUGGUAAACCUUUUCUUUUGGCACUUCUACCAGACAGCCGUCUGGCGUACAUUUUAUUGUACAAUUCAAUCUACACAAUGCAUCUCUUCCCAACAAUGCAAUAGGUGUAUGUUCCGAUACCAGUAUAGGUAUGGUAGUUUUCUGAUUUUUAUAGCAGAGCUCAAUUGGUUCCGUAAGAGGAAUCAGCUGUUUCACUCCCUCAAAUCCAAUUGUCCAAAUCAGUUGAUUGGACAUAGUGUGAUGUGUAGCAUCUUCAAGCCGAACACAGGUAAAAGCAGCUCCGCUAUCCGCCAUCACUUCCAAUGGUUGGUUGUUUACUUUCACCUCAAUUGUUGGAUCUUUUUCCAGUCCUGAUGCUACCAGCUGACACCCCCCUUUCGGAUCUUCUGGGCACCUCUAGAAUCCUUGCUCCGUGCCCCUAUAAGGGUUCACCGGUCCUCCAAAUGAUCUUGACUGGCCCCUGUAUCUUCCUCUGAAAUUCCCUCUGGUGUUUCCUCCUGGCCCAUUACACUCACGGGCAAAGUGACCAACCUGUCCACAAUUAUAACACACUUCAGAAGAUUGCUGGAAGUAGGGAUUAAAUCUUCCUCCUCUUCCUCUUCCUAAGCCUUCUCGUCCUCUUCCUCUCCAAUUCUGUGUCUGUCCAGAAACUGGCUGUGGAUAUGAAACAACUGGUACCGCUAGUGGUGGCUAGGACAAUUGCAGUUGGAACUGGUUCGGUUGAAGCUGUAGCAGUGAUUGUUGAUUUGGUGAACACUGAUUCUGCAUAACCAAAGCCUAUUUAUUCUCCUUCUUCUUAUUCUCCACCAGUUGUAUUUGAUUGAGUUUUCUGAGAGUUUCUUGGUCCUGUUCUUUCUGGUUGUGUUCCUUUUUCCUGUAUAGAUCCACUUGAUGGGCUAUAUGAUCUGUAUAGACACCUUUUGUCAUGCUUCCAAGUCCAACCACCUCUGCCAGUUUUCUCCUUACUGGUGAGGGCAGCCCCAUCUGCAAUUUAGCUCACAAAAUUGACUGCUCUAUUUGACUCACAUCUGGAUCAUUUCCAGUAAUAUUUCUCCACACUUGAUGAGCUCUUGACACAUAGGCUCUCGGAUUUUCUUGUUGUCCUAGUGGGUCAAUCAGAAUAUUGUCACGAUGCACAUUUGUUGGAAAUGUAUCUUUUCAGUGCUCUCCACAGCCUAUUUCUACUUGCAGCUAACAACUCAGGAUCAUUCACCGCAGUCCCCACAUAUCGAUUAAGUCCAGCUCUCUGAAAAAUGUCUUCCAUCCCUGGAAUCCCAAGGAGAUUAGCCAAAAGUCUCAUAAUGUCUCCUAUGGCAGACUGUGUUCCCACUGUAAUUUCUUCCAACUUUGAAAUCCAAGGAUAUGCUCCAUCUUGAAGAGUAGGCAGCUUCUCAAGUAUAUCUGGCAUAUCGGUAUUCUUCAAAGGCUUAUACUCCAGGUUCUGUCCUCUAAUUAUCACUGGCAUCAUCUUCUUACUUGUGCUCCCUUUUCUUGUCCGCAAUGUAUCCUUCCUCUGACAUUUUUGGGAUUCUUUUUUUCAGCAGUUUUUCCUUCUGUAUCUUCAGCUUCUUGAGUUGUUCUUCCAAUUCUCUUACUUCUUCUAAAUUAUUCGCCUUAUCCAAGCAUGAUAUGCAUCGAUCCAUAUCUCUUUCUAUUUCUUCUGUGCUAGUCAUUGGAGGAUAAAAUCCUCUUGAACAUGAAGCACCUUUAAUCUCCAAAUUUUCAUCGCUGUCUCCAUCUUCACUUUCAUCAGAGCUCGGAUCUCUUGUAUCCUUCUUCUUCCAACUUCCAUCACCCCUUCUUUCCGCUCUGGCCAACCUCCGUCUGAUCACAGGGUCAUAUCCACCCAUGAUCUCUUCUGAAUCACUGAUCAUCAUCAUCAUCUUCAAAUUCCAUCCUCCUGAACCUCACUCUACCCUUAGUUUCCAGACAUGUCAUUUUCUUCUUACUUUUGGAGUUUGGAUUAAUCUUUAUGGUCGUUUCUGCUUGUCCUCUCUCUAUUAUUCUUUCAUCUUCAUCUCUGAUGCAAUAAUCACCCUCCUGAAUGAUCACUGGAAGCUGAGGAUAGACAUCCUUAAACUCUAUUUCUUCCUCGUAAGGUGGGGGUCUUUUUGCUGAAUCCAUAUGUGAGAAAGGUGUAUUGACUUCUGCCAUUAGUUUUUCUGUUACCUUCGCCUCUUUUGCCAUUUUCUCUAUACCUCUGUCUCUUAUCUUUUGUAUCUUUUAUCAGUUUUUGUCAAUGUCAGGCCAACGUUUAUUCCAUUUUCCAGAUAACCUUGCAAUACCAUUAACUAGAGGAUUACUAUUUUUUACUACAUCAACAGGAGUAAUUACUUUCAUAGUUUUGAUGUCCUUUUUCCCCAUUGUAACAACUCUUUUAUAUUCCUUUAUUGUGAAUUAUUGUAUUAUUAUUAUUAUUAUUAUUAUUUUAAACUAAUUAAUUUGUAAACCAAAAAAUACUUUAAGCUAUGUAGCUUAUCAUUCCCUCCUAUUUUUUUCUUCUUCUACCAAAUUAUUGAAUAGUGGCAAUCUUACCACAUCCGAUAAAGAAAGGUAAAGGAAACUAGUCAACUUCAGAGCAAUCAAAAAAGAAAGACCUGUAAUCCAGCAACACUACAGCACCCACAAACCAAUUGCUUAAUAAGCACCCAAUCACUUUAAUUUUACAGAAUAAUCUCAGUGCUGGAUUUCCAACACAACUCUAAUCAAAACAACCCAUGCACAAAAAACCCUAAUGUGCAAUUCUCAAUUACAUCAAUUGAUCAGUCUGUUGCCAAGUCCCUGCCAAAUGGUCACAACAUGAAAUAUUAUAUGCAUACACAAUGUAUCUAUUAUAUCCUGUAGGGGUAAGUAAGUUUGUGGAUAGAACAGUACUGGCCUUAAUUGGACUGGAUCCUGGGCAGCACACGCUGUCGCGUGACGCACUGGUCAGCACCUCCUCUCUCUCUGUCUCCUCCUUCUCGUUUCUCACAUCACAGGAGAACAAAAGAAACAGACAAGAAUUUAGUAUUUUAUGCACUCACUGGGUUAUUUAAACCAUACAAUACCCUUUUAGACAUACCUAUGUUCACAUUUGUGCUAAGAAAUAAACAAACAGCUUAACUCAGGAAUAUUAUAAAUAGUGCAAUAAUAUUUUUUUUAAUUUUAUUUUAUUUUUUUCAUUUAUAAAUUCAAUGGAUCUCAAUCAAAUGGUUUCAUAGUUAAGCAACAGCCACUUAACAGAAUAAUUUAUUGUGUGUACUCAAAGUCUCCCCCUUUCUUUUUCAGCUAUAAGUCUGCGUCUCCCAGCAGCUCAGUGCAGGCAGGGGAGUGGCCUAUUCGCUCUAUGCAACUCUAAACUCAUAAAAUCCCACACAUGCGCAGCUCAUUUGCUAGUGCGAUUUCAAGGUGAGAGGCGCUCUCCCACAGUAACUUUUCUCUAAGUCAAACAGCAGACAGACCAGCUGUCCCUCCGUUCUUUCCAACACAGACAAACAGUAACACUGAACAAAACGCACAAACCAACAAAAAACAUAGAACACAAAUCCUACUUCGAAGUUUUUUAACGUAACCAUAGUCUAUUUUCUCUCCUCUUUCUUCACCCAUUCUACUCCAAUCCGCAGAUUUUAUACUCAUUUUCUUAUCCUUUACAAAUCCUCUCUAUACAAUCAUAACGUCCUCCCGGGGGCUCAUAGUUUUUUAACAAAUUUGAAAACGUUCUCUCAAAUGGAGACUCAUAAGGUUUUAACCGUAAUUAACACACACUCUCUUUCUCUCACACACACAUAAUCAACAAGAAUGCAUCCAUUCAUACCGCAUGCUUCCGUCGCUCCUAUUUCCUUUAUAGUCCUUCCUAAAUUUGUGCUACCUUGAGUUGCAGAUAUUCAAUGAGAGGCUACUUCGGACAUAUAGCUCGUCAACUAUAUACCGAGAGGUAACAUACAAUUGAAUGUAUAUUCUACAAUCUCACAGUUCCUUGAACUGACCUGAAAAUUCACCUAGUGACUCUCCAGGAUUUGUGGCCCAUCUAAUGAUCGCCUCGUUUGAGGGCUUCCGUAGAUCAGCGACAUCCUAACGGAAUACAUUUUUCCUUAGUUCCUUGUCCUAUUCCUUCAUUCUAUUCCUUUUCCCUUUAAUUUUAUUCAAGCCAAUUUCCCUGGGCCCAGUGUUAUCAAUUCCUUUUUUCCUUAGAUCUUGUAUUAUAUUCACACUCCCCCUUGUUUGCGUUGUUUCCAACGCAAACAAAUUUAGAAAUUUAGAACGGAAUCUUAUCACACAGCAAAAAACUGCAAGGCGCACACACAAGUUCUCAACGGUGCAUCCCCCAACGCACACACACAGCCACACGAACUGACCAGUGCCCAAAGUGGUGAGAAAGCUCACCCUUAUCCGCCGGACUCUGGAGCGAGUGUCAUCUCGGAGCCCAUGAUGCAACGCUGAAAUAGACGCAACACGUCCCAAAAUCCUCGUCGCCAAUUUCUGUGGUGGCCGAACAUGCUGCAAUGCUGUGUUGACAAGGAAUCCACUGACACUGUACUUGAUUAUAACUUUUAUUACAUCAUAGAUUACAGCAUCAAUUUACAGACUUCUGCAGAGUCUGGAGAGCCACGAAACCCAAUCUCAAAUAUGAUAGCUCUCCCCGUCCUUUGUUCCAACAUGGUAUAUAUCCUAUGUAACACAAAAUGGCGUGUUUUGAAUAGACCAAUCCCUGGCCUCCACUGUUUUAGGGGGCCCCUAUAGUAACACUUUCCAGAUGUUUCCGCACAGUAGAGUUCAUUUAACCAACCAUAUGAAAACCUCAGCCAAAGCUAUAAAUUGUUCAGAUACUACAGAGGGCAUUAAUCUGAGAGGCAACAAAGAGACCAAAGAUAACCCUGAAGGAGCUGCAAAGCUCCACAGUGGAGAUUGGAUUAUCUGUCCAUAGGACCACUUUAACCGUACACUCCACAGAGCUGGGCUUUACGGAAGAGUGGCCAGAAAAAAGCCAUUGCUUAAAUAAAAAAAUAAGCAAACACGUUUGGUGUUCGCCAAGGCCAUGUGGGAGACUCCCCAAACAUAUGGAAGAAGGUACUCUGGUCAGAUGAGACAAAAAUUGAGCUUUUUGGCCAUCAAGAAAAAUGUCUGGCGCAAACCCAACACUUCUCAUCACCCCGAGAACACCAUCCCCACAGUGAAGCAUGGUGGUGGCAGCAUGCUGUGGGGAUGCUUUUCAUCGGCAGAGACUGAGAAACUGGUCAGAAUUGAAGGAAUGAUGGAUGGUGCUAAAUACAGGGAAAUUCUUGAGGGAAACCUGUUUCAGUCUUCCAGAGAUUUGAGACUGGGACGGAGUUUGACCUUCCAGCAGGACAAUGACCCUAAGCAUACUGCUAAAGCAACACUUGAGUGGUUUAAGGGGAAACAUUUAAAUGUCUUGCAAUGGCCUAGUCAAAGCCCGGGCCUCAAUUCAAUUGAGAAUCUGUGGUAUGACUGAAAGAUUGCUGUACACCAGCAGAACCCAUCCAACUUGAAGGAGCUGGAGCAGUUUUGCCUUGAAGAAUGGGCAAAAAUCCCAGUGGCUAGAUGUGCCAAGCUUAUAGAGACAUACCCCAAGAGACUUGCAGCUGUAAUUGCUGCAAAAGGUGGCUCUACAAAGUAUUGACUUUGGGGAGGUGAAUAGUUAUGCACGCUCAAGUUUUUUGUUUUGUCUUAUUUCUUGUUUGUUUCACAAUAAAACAUAUUUCACAUCUUCAAAGUGGUAGGCAUGUUGUGUAAAUCAAAUGAUACAAACCCCCUAAAAAUCAAUUUAAAUUCCAGGUUGUAAGGCAACAAAAUAGGAAAAUUGCCAAGGGGGGUGAAUACUUUCGCAAGCCAGUGUGUGUGGAUGGAUGGAUGGAUGGAUGGAUGGAUGGUACCAGUCAAAAGUUUGGACACACUUACUCAUUCAAGGGUUUUUCUUUAUUUUUAAUAUUUUCUACAUUGUAGAAUAAUAGUGAAGACCUCAAAACUAUGAAAUAACACAUAUGGAAUCAUGUAGUAACAAAUCAAAAUAUAUUUUAUAUAUAGUAGCCACCCUUUGCCUUGAUGACAGCCUUGCACACUCUUGGCAUUAUCUCAACCAGCUUCAUGAGGUAGUCACAUGGAAUGCAUUUCAAUUAACGUGUGUGCCUUAAGUUAAUUUGUGGAAUUUCUUUCCUCCUUAAUGCGUUUGAGCCAAUCAGUUGUAUUGUGACAAGGUAGGGGUGGUAUACAGAAGAUAGCCCUAUUUGGUAAAAGACCCAAGUCCAUAUUAUGGCAAGAACAACUCAAAUAAGCAAAGAGAAACGACAGUCCAUCAUUACUUUAAGACAUGAAGGUCAGUCAAUACAGAACAUUUCACUUUGAAAGUUUCUUCAAGUGCAGUCGCAAAAACCAUCAAGCGCUAUGAUGCAAUUGGCGCUCAUGAGGACCGCCACAGGAAUGGAAGACCCAGAGUUACCUCUGCUACAGAGGAUAAGUUCAUUAGUUACCAGCCUCAGAAAUUGCAGCCCAAAUAAACGCUUCACAGAGUUCAAGUAACAGACACAUCUCAACAUCAACUGUUCAUAGGGGACUGUGUGGCCUUCAUGGUCAAAUUGCUGCAAAGAAACCACCACUAAUGGACACCAAUAAGAAGAAGAGACCUGCUUGGGCCAAGAAACACGAGCAAUAGACAUUAGACCGGUGGAAAUCUGUCCUUUGGUCUGAUGAGUCCAAAUUUGAGAUUUUUGGUUCAAACCGCAGUGUCUUUUGUGAGACACAGAGUAGGUGAACGGAUGAUCUCCACAUGUGUAGUUCCCACCGUGAAGCCUGGAGGAGGAGGUGUUAUGGUGCGGGGGUGCUUUGAUGGUGACGCUGUAUGUGAUUUUAUUUAGAAUUCAAGGCACACUUAACAAGCAUGGCUACCACAGCAUUCUGCAGCGAUACGCCAUCCCAUCUGGUUUGGGCUUAGUGGGACUAUCAUUUGUUUUUCAACAGGACAAUGACCCAACACACCUCCAGGCUGUGUAAGGGCUAUUUGACCAAGAAGGAGAGUGAUGGAGUGCUGCAUCAGAUGACCUGGCCUCCAAAAACACCGACCUCAACCCAAUUGAGAUGGUUUGGGAUGAGUUAGACCGCAGAGUGAUGUAAAAGCAGCCAACAAGUGCUCAGCAUAUGUGGGAACUCCUUCAAGACUGUUGGAAAAGCAUUCCAGGUGAAGCUGGUUGAGACAAUGACAAGAGUGUGCAAAGCUGUCAUUAAGGCAAAGGGUGGCUACGUUGAAGAUCUCAAAUAUAAAAUAUAUUUUGAUUUGUUUAACACUUUUUUGGGGUUACUACAUGAUUCCAUAUGUGUUAUUUUAUAGUUUUGAUGUCUUCACUAUUAUUCUACAAUGUAGAAAAUAGUAAAAAUAAAGAAAAACCCUGGAAUGAGUAGGCGUGUCCAAACUUUUGACUGGUACUGUAUAUAACAGCCUCAAUUCGUCGGGGCAUGGACUCUACAAGGUGUCGAAAGAGUUCCACAGGGAUACUGGCCCAUGUUGACUCCAAUGCUUCCCACAGUUGUCAUGUUGGUGGGAUGUCCUUUGGGGGGUGGAUGGAGAUGUGUUGGGGGAAUGGGAUGGGAGGCUCACUUUUUGUUUAUUUUCCUUUACGUACUAAUCUUUUAUUUUUUGUCUGUAAUACGAUCAUAUUGAUCAAUACUUUGUAUUUAUGUACCUUUAAAAAAAAAUUGGGGUAGGGCAAGCCCAAAGGUGAAUACAAACGAAAUAUGAAAUUAUAUGAAUUUCUAUAUUGUACCUUUUUAACCCCCCCACCCCACCCCAUUAUAAAUAUAUAUAUUAAUAGUCACACAAGACAAAAUGAUCCUCUGAGCCUAUUGUUUGACGUUGUUUUUCUGUCUGUCAGAGUGCAGUGGUGAUGGAGAAGGAGGAGAAGGCGAGAAACGCUAAGCUGAAGCCCAAGAAGCGUAAGCUGCGACCGGAAGGGAAACGCACACAUGAGUACAUCUGCUUCUGCUGCGGAGAGGGAGGGGAGCUGGUCAUGUGUGACAAGAAGGACUGCCCUAAAGCUUAUCACCUGCUUUGUCUCAACCUCACCAAACCCCCAUACGGUAUGUGUGUGUAUGUGUGUGUGUGUGUGUGUGUGUGUGUGUGUGUGUGUGUGUGUGUGUGUGUGUGUGUGUGUGUGUGUGUGUGUGUGUGUGCGUGCGUGUGUACAUUAAUAACCUUCUCUUUGUGUGUGUUUAGGUCGUUGGGAGUGCCCAUGGCAUGACUGCAGUGUGUGUGGUGUCCCCGCCUCAUCCCUCUGUGACUUCUGCCCUCGCUCCUUCUGCCGGGAACAUGAGGGGGGAGCUCUCACCCCCUCUACCCUGGAGGGUCGCCCCUGCUGCUCCAACCACGAUCCUCUCAGCCCCCUGGGCCCCAACGCCAACCCCCCACACACUCACAGACACCCCCCUGGUACGGCCAGCAUCAAAGAGGAGCCCAGCCAGGAGGACAGAGAGUAA